UCGUGUUCGACGGCCAUUUGCAAUUAUUUCUAUUUUGGUAGCAUUUGCCGCAAUUAUUAUGCCCUUACUUUUAACUGUACAAAAAACUUUACUGUCUUUAUGAUGACAGGCUUAGCCUUUUCCUUAGAUCAUACGAUGGUAAAUCGUUGUAUAAUAUUUUUUUGGUCCUAACGUUCUCUUCAUAAGGGCGUGUUUUUGUGAAGAAAUUGUUGUUGACAGAGAUGAGUGCUUGUGUAGACUCUUUGUCCUUGGCUCUGGGUCAAAUCAGCUUUGCAGUCAACGAUUUAACAAAGAAAAAUUACAAGGCGACUCUAAAGGAAAUAAACGAGGUGAGCUUUUAGAUGAAAGUUGUGUUUUCUCUCGAUAAAAAUAGGUUUGAUUGAUCAGAGAAUGCUUGUACAGCUGAAGCUCAUUGUCCUGAUCAGAUAUAGAAAGAACUAACAAGAUGUUUUGUUCAGUGGGUACUUUACAACGGAAUAUUUAAUAAAAGGAGUGAAUUAUGGGGCGGUUUGAAGUCAGUAUAUGGAAUUUGCCUUUAAAUGUUGUCUAAGGUGCAUGUAAUGUGGCGUAAAUGUUUUACUUCCUAAAGGCUGUCACUAAGAUUUAAAGUUGCUGGCUAAGCGCCUCUUCAUAUGAGCCCGGUUGACCGGGCUGGCCCGGUUUCUGAGAUCUUGCCUUACCCCUAAAUCCUUUGUAAAUUGUCGAUGUGUUCAUAUGAGAGGGCGGACUGGCUCGGUUCCUGAGAUCUUGGUUUUUCCAACCGAGAUCUUGGUAAGUGUGCCAUAUGGACAUUUCAUCCUGGUUAACGGGACGAAUGGCGGGAUGAAUUCUGGUGGUCUGGAUAGCAUCAUCUUGCAUUGCCUGCUGUAUUUUUCACGUCAUAAGUAUCCCAUUUAACUGCAGUGAUACCACUUUAAGAGUUACCAAAGCUAUGAUAGUCCCGAAAGUUAAAAUUUUUGUAUUUACACUGUAGCCAUGUUUGAUUUGUUUCUCGAAUUUGGUGCCAGAACUCAUCCCCAGGAUCUUUGGUCUUUUCUCAUCUCGGAAACCAGGCUGAAAUUUCGCAUUAUGAACCCAAGGUGAAAUUCAUCCUGGUAACCGGGCCAGCCCAGUCAACCAGGCUCAUGUGAAGAGGCCCUAGAUACAACAAGUAGGCAAGGAAUCAAGCAGCUAGGGAUUUUUAACCUACACCUCAAUAAUACUCACAACACUGGUAAGCGGAAGAGAAGGACUAAUAACCACAGGCUGAAAGAAAGAUACAUCUAGGGUGACCCCUGAUUCAAUACAUUGUUUAAAAUUCAUUCUGUACUUUUAUUAAACAUCGUUAUUUUUGUUCCUUCAGCCUCCUAACAAAUGAACAUGAAUUGUUCUUGUUAAAAUUAUCUGCCCUGUUGGUAUUCUCCAUUCUUAUUUUUAUUAUCCUUGCAGCUGAUUGAAAAGCAUGGUUACGAGGCAGAACGCCACCUUUUUAGAUGUUUAUUCUCCUUCAUUGACUUUGCCAGUGAUAGUAAAAGUAAUGGGAAGGACUUCCUCCAGGUGAGCUGCCGUGAAAUGCAGUUGGUUCUCUCUAAGACAAACACCUCUGAGACUUGCAUUAUGUGUUCAUCUUAGGGUUGGUUUCAUUAGAUUGAUCUGGAUCAGGAUUAGUAAUCAGAGAUCACUCACUGACAGAUCAUAGUACAUUAAAGGAACCAACAAAUCUGCAAUUGGGAAAGGAUUCAUCUGUUCAUUCGGGGCGCUGUCUAUUCAACCCAAAAAUUCUGGAAAUUUCGGUUGGUACAUUACAUGGAACGGACUAUUUCGGUUUCGUCCGACCACAAUAUUUGGGACCAGCUUUGAAGGUGGUCCACUCUGACAGGUCUGGUCUUUUCGGUCGGUCGGGUGAAUUUUUCCUUUCCAUUUGACAAAAUUGUUGUCCCCAGUACCGCUCUUUUGUAUCCUGCUUAUGAGGACAAUAACCAAAUGCGCAGUGGCUUGGGUCAGGCCUGUGCAACCAGAUUGUGCAGUUCCAUUGGGCAUUUGGAAUUUCCAAAAUUUCAAACAGGAAUUUUUGUUGAAUGGAAAGCACCCUUGAUGUACUAAGAUCCAAGUGAUAUCAAUCACUGACCCUGAUCUGGACAAUCUCAUAGGAACGCAACCUUAGAGAAGUGUUCAAGUCCACUAAAAGAACUGAGUAAAGGUAUCCAUCUUACAGAGAUGUUCGUUAAGAAAGAGUUGAGUACAGACUGAAUUAGUAGAUCAUGAAGGAAUAGAACAAUGAAAAUGGCUGCCCAACUAUCUCAAUUGAAUUAAAAUGUGCACACAACAUCUCAAGGCUUAAUACCUAGACAGCCAAGGUAAAAUAGUUGAAUUUUAUGCUGAACCAAGAGUGUAAAAAAUAUUCCAUGCAAAUGUUUAUCUCUCUUCAACUUCAGAGAAGCCGUAAACACAAUUAAAAAGAUCACUACAGCUUGGCUCAUGACUGUCAAACACAGGUUGCCAAACUUUUACUUUUACUGAUACUAUGUUGUGAAGAUGAAAAUAAUCAGCAUGUCAUGAGCGUGGGACAAAGAAAAAAUCUGAGUCCCCAACAGGAUUUGAACCUAAUAUGAUCUCCCAAACACCGGGCGGGCACUCUAUCCACUGAGCUAUGGAGAACUCAUGGAGAGCGAGGCCAUGUACUAGGUUCAUAUUGACACGUCUCCUGCGUACUGCUGCUAUACUGCAUACUGGUACUAUGUUGUUGCCAAAUUGAAAUUUAAGCCAGGUAAAUUUUUUCUACUUGCCAUGGUAACCAAAAUAAUCACACUUUGGAAUGCUGCAUAUUACUAUGUUGUUAGCUGUACAGCUUAUUUGCGCACUUGGGAUCAAAAUCUUGAACAAGAGGGUAACUGUGAUGUUUUACUGUAUUAUGUCCUUUCGCAUGGGUAGUGUAUCUGUAGUGGGGCGUCGCUGCUGUACCUGUACCCUGAAAUGCUGUCAUGUAGUUAUGUCCUUAAGGUAUUACAUAACCUACCCUGUACUUAAUUACUACCCAUUUAAGCUUAGCCUCUGGGCUGACCUGAUAGGUUAGUCCCAGUGUUCAAUCUAGAAAUUAGUCAAAAUGGGUCAUAUGUCCCUCAUGGCAUUUUAAAUUGGGUCAUUUCAAAAAUGAUCUGGAUCAAACUAUGACAUUGAAACUUUGAAUAACUGACAUCACCCAAACUAUCGUAAACUUCACCUUCCUUAUCCAGCCCAUCUUCGUGCUUUUCAGGUUGAAUUGCCAUUCCUUUAAAGGUAAAAAAUGAACUUAGCUUUUGUUUUUGUUUCGUAAUGAAACAAAAACAAAAGAACAAUGUCAACAAAUGAAGUGUGAAUUGAUCAGCAAAGCAAUGUAUGCAGAAAGUCGAAAUUACACUCCAGCUUCUACUGAAAUCUCGUGGAAUGACUGACCCAAAAACUACUCGUUUGUAGCCUGAAAUGCCAGUCAUUUCCGCACUCAUUUCAUGCCAGGCUUCUAAGCUCACCUAUUUUUCAAAAUUUACUUCAAUUAUUGCCUGCUAUUUUGGAAGUACUGCACAGUAUGAGAUGACCUCUUCUUCUGUGUGGGUAUGACUCCACAAUAAUUUCAUCUUGCAUCAGCAUCAGAAUAGAAUACUCUGCGUCAAUGACGCAAAAAUGUGACCUAGAUUGAACACUCUAAUCCUUUUAGAUUUUGGGGUUAUUUUUUGUCUUUAGUCUUAUGUGCAACUUAUUUUUUCUUCAAUCAUUGUGGCUAAAAGUAACAGAUAUAUUCACUAGAUUGGGAGCUGCAUUUCUGUUUCAAAGGGGCAUUUUUUACUUCCUCAAUACUGUUAAUUAAUUUUUCAAAGAUUGUAUAUGUGACAACGAGGUACAGCUGUCGCAUAGAUGACAAGUUGUGUGUAGCUCGUCAAUAUUUAUGACCUACUCUUUGUCUAAAACAUCUUCCUGUUUUUUUUUUAGUGCCAGUUUCUCAUUCAAGAAUGCGAGAUACUUGUGUCUAAGCCCAAUUUUUCAUCCAUUCUGUGUUAUGCCAUUGAAACACCAGAGCACAGACAGCGUACCCUGAGGCCUUCUGCUCAACUACUCCCUAACAUCAGCAGGGUAUUGAAACUUAACAAGGUGCAAGAGGUAAAAUAUGGGAAUUUGUUAUAGACUAUCUUAAUAAGUGUAAAAUUAGUAUGUUGAAAGGUUUCCGGUUUUCAGCUUCAAAUGUUUAUACUAAUCUGGAAACAGCUCAUAAAUGUUCUGAGGAAAUUUCUUUCUCUUAAGUGAAGUCUUUGCUACCUAAGCAAGGCUGUGCUCCAACGAAAAUUGAAGGGAGCCCAGCUGCUCUGAAACUGUAAAUUCUAGGCUGUGCAGCAUGAUUUGUAUAUGUAAUUAUACAACUUUGAGUUCAUUUGGGAGAUAUUUGUAUGAAUGUUUUUUUCGAAAAGUUUAAAAAUUCUGGUGUAUGCAAUUUGCACUUUUUGAAAAACUCAGGAGUUCGAAUAAAUUCCAAAUUGAACUAGAAAAGUCACAUGAUUACUUUUUAAUAAUAGACAUGAAAAAAAAUUACCUUCCUGGCGUUGUUUGAAUGCUUUCUGCAGUCGGCUAGACUUACAUGUACAGUGUAGUUGUUUGGCUUUACCAACAAAAACUUGCUUCAAGGAGCUGAAUUGCCUGUCCCUAAUAAAUGAUAGAACAGGUAUAUCCUUUCUCUUUCAAAUGCCUGUCCAAAGCUGUCAUCAUAACUUUUGAGACUGCCAAACUCGAAGUCGUUGCUUGUUGUUUUUUGUGAUGAAAUCUCUGCAUCGAAGUAGUUUGUUGAGGUUGACAGGCUCGUAACUCUCAAUUUGGUCAGAAAUUCCUUCCUCUUUUCUCCAUUUCUUCCCAACACCAACUCAAUAUACGGUCCUCUUUACUAACGGUGUUUUCGUUUUUGGAGUUUUUUUUUUAUUUUUCAAUAGUAUGAACUUUCUGUCGUGACACAACUAAAAUAGACUUUGCAUGCUGGCCAUUUUUCUAUUCUUAAACUUCCAGGCAUCUGCCAUAAUUACUAAGUUAUUAUUAUUGAUGUAUGGUAAUCACAAACAGGCAUCAGCUCAUGAGAAGAAAAUUGCAGUGGUUAAAAUUAAUUUAUUAUUUUCUGUUGCUGAUUUUGGGUUAAUAAAAUGACUGCAGUGUGGUUUAAUUUAGGUGAUUUUUGGUCUUGGUCUUUUGAUUUCCUCAAAUGAAGAGUUAAAACAUCAUGGUAAGUCAUACAAGCGUACAUGUAGAUUGUUAAAUAUUGUGUGUUAAGUUUGAAAUUGAUUAUUUGUAAAAAAUAAAUAAAUAAAAAAGAAAUUAAAAUAAAAUCGAUUAUUUGUAGUUUUUCUCUAAUUUUCUCACCGGCCUAAAACUAUAAGCAUUUCUUCAUGGCUUCAUGACGUUUAAAAAAUAUGACCUUCUCCAGGAAAACAUACACGAAUGGUUUUCCAUUAAACAGGCAAAAGCAUUAGGAACCUGUUAGAAAAGCAUUAAAAUGGCUUGGGAAAGUGUUCAAGCCAUUAGUAAAACCUUUAGAAAAAUUUACCUUGCCAUUAGAAGGGUUAGAGAAACUGUUAAAAGCUUUAGUCCUCUUUAACCCCAUUAUUUACCAUUUGUUGCCUUUACUUUUAUCAAAUGCAAAGGUUUCAGUUUUUGGAUUUGUAUAAGUUUAUUUUUUAUCUGAAUUAAGUUUUAUAUUUUAAUAUUGAUUUACUCUUUUUGCUGUAGCUGGUCAAUUUGUAAAGCACAAGCUACCUGAUCUUUUGAGGUCCUACGUAGAUGCUGGUAAGAAUUUGAAGCAUGAAUGAAUGAAAAUGAAUGAAUGAAUUUGAAUUUGUUGCCUAUUUAAAACCUUAACAUGUAGCUUCAUGCCAAAAUUAUGGCAACAUUACUUUUCCUUUAUGCAUCUAUAGAAUUCAAAAGAACUAGAGGAUAAAUUUAAGGCCAAUAAUCACGAAGACACAAGUAUUAGCCUAAUUUGUCACCAUUUUGGAAUAAGGCGUAUGAGUGCUGUUUUGAUUGACAGCUUUUUUUAGGAUUUGUCCCUCAAUGUAGCCAACUGAACUGUGGAUAAUGUUGUUGGCCUUUUGUCCAUGAUUCAACAUUUGUAGCAGGUGUUUUAAGGAAAAUUUCAUUAGCAACUGCUUUGUUUAACCCUUUAAGUCCCAAUGGUGUCCAACAUCAAUAUUCUCCUAACACUAUCCAUACAUUGUUAAGAGAUUAGGUUAUGAGAAUUAAUAAAAUGAUCACCAAAGAGAAAAUAGCUUGAUCUUUUACCAAAUUCUCUUAACUCAUUCUCUAAGGAAAUGUAUGAAGACCAGUUUGGAGAAUUUGUAUGUGCAUAUUGGGCACAGUUGGGUGCCUGGAGUAUCCAGGGGUUUCUACUUUUGGCAGCCAGCCCCUAGAUUGAAUAAUGCCCCCAUGGCUGGUGCAACUGCGCAAACCAGCCAUGAGCCCCCACAGAAAUUGAAACGAACAGGCACCCAUCACACUGAAGAAUAUCAGUGGAGAAAGAACCGUAGGGAGUGGAGAAGGGUUUGGAGAAAAUAACUGAAAGAAACCUCAUGGCAUGGACAACACAGCAUGAAGGAAACAUCCACGCCACAGAAUCACAUGAGGAAUGUAGCGAACAACUUGGCAUGUGUAUGCUGAAUGACUGCGGACUUCAGGCACUGAAGAUGGUCUUAGUUGUUAACUCCUUUAAAUUGUAUAUAAAUGCAUUUAAAAUGUUCUUACCUCUGUAUUUUCUCUUAAGAUGUUGGUAGUGUACAGGAAGGAGGCUUGACUGAUGUUGGCAUAGAAGUUUUACAUCGUCUUUUAUCCCAUGUGAUCCAUGGCCCCAGGGAACAGGUUGGAGUUGGGGAUGACCAAGUAACAGCCUUCCUGGAAACAUUAAAGAAAGGUUUAUUGUACCAACUGUUAACCCUUUUAACCCUAAUGUCAAAAUUCAAAUUCUCAUUUGUUGUCCCCAUAAUAUUGUUUCUUUUCGAAUUAGUUGGAAGAAGUUGUUGAAGUAUCAACCAGAGUCAUCUUGUGUAAUCAUUUCCUUAAUUCCUUUCUCCGAUCUGUUUUAUAAAGCAUUUUGAUAUCACAAGGAGAAGUUUGAUUCUGAUCUCUUUGUGGGCAUAAAGGGUGUUAAAGUUUCCAUUCCCAAGUUUGCCAUUGCUUAAGAUUGGUAGUAGCAGGUCUAGAUGCCAAACUUUCUUCAAUGUCUCUACAUGUAUAAAAACAAGAGCCUUGGCAGAUUAUGAAGACACGACUUCAGUAUAUGCAAAGUUGUUUUUCUUGUUAAGAAAAGCAGUUUUAUUAGAAGCUCAAAGCCAAAUUCCUGGUCACUUAACCCUAUAACCUCUAUCCCUCGUUUGUGGGUAGCUGUUAAAGUUAGCUGCCAGGUUUUUUUUUCACCUCUUUUUCUUGGAGUAUAUUCCACUUAUUCCAUAAUUAGUAUAGCAGAUCAAUCAAUGAAAUCAGUGGAACAGAUUUUUCCUAUUAUUCAUUGUAUUCCUAUUCUAGAUUAAGGUUAACGAAAUGCACCCUUACUUAAAUUCUUACACUGAAUAGUUAUUGACGCAGUGUGGUUGUUUUGCUGAUGCUGGUUGUUAUCUUUACGGCAGAUUUUCCCAAAGAAAGAGCACCAGUUGUCCUUGCACCACUUCUUUACCCUGAAUCACAAGAUAUAUCACCUGAAAAGUAAAACAUUUCUGUUAUAUUAAAUAAAUUCUCUAUUCGCCAUUUUCACAUCUCCCAUAAUACACCUUGUUUAUCCCGCAACAUUUUGUAAAAGCGUUGUCUUUUAUUUCUCUUGGGACUUCUGUCUUACCCCGGAGAAAUAAUUGGCGGGGGGUUGGGGUGGGGGGCCGUAGCAAGCAAGGCUUAUUGUAAACUCAGUGUAAAAAAAACUUGUUACUGCUGCAUAAUUCAGCAGUAUUUCAAAUGUGUAGCACUGAUCAUCAUGACAGGUCUACCAUCCUAACAAGUCUAGAAAAUUAAAGAAACUUGUAUUGUCAUAUUUAUUUAUAGUAGAACCCUGACAACUCGACCUCGGAUAACUCUAAUUCCCUCCUAACUCAAACUAAAUUUCCUUUCCCUUUCCCCUUCCUUCAGAUACCAUCUGAUUAGUUCUUCUUGAUGUAUAACGGUAAAAACAGUAACACUAACUCUAGUCAGCAUUGAUUUUAAUUGGUUCAAUGAACAGAUCACGUUUUAUCACUUAAAAUCUUUAUGGUUAAUCAUUUUACCGUUUCUGAUGAAAUAGGUUAGAUUUGCAGUGCACUUUACACUGAAGUGCUGAAAAAUCAGUUACUAUCAAUAUUAUUUUAAAAUGACAAAUUAAAUUUUGGAAUUGAGCCUGAUAACUUGAACCCUUGCUAACUUGAACUGUUUUUUAGUUUCCCUUCAGAUUUCGAGUUACCAGGGCUGUACUGUGUAUUUAUUGUCUAUUGUUUAUUGGCAGUGUUCAAAUUCUUAUUAAUAGGAUUGUUAAGGUGACUCCAUUGACUUUUUUUGCAGCCUCAUUCCUGAACCUUUAAAUCUGUCCAAGAUAGUGGUAAGUCUACUUUUCAGCUUUUGUAUUUUGCUGUUGGCUUAAAAUUUUGAAAUUCUAAAUCGGGAAAGUGAAUACUUCAGGAGACAUUUUGGUUUCUGAACAUAGGAAAGAGAAACCAGGAAGUUGAAAUUUAAAAAAUGUGAAAAAGACCUUUUGACUAGUUCAUGCAAUAACAUCCCUUCAAGCAGCAAUAUAUAAUUUAAGCAGUGACUUUUUGUACAGAUGAUGACAGGACUUGCUGACCAAGUGGUUAGUGUAACAUGUGCCAACGAACUUCUUUAAUAUGUGGUAUAUGGGCAGUUAGAUUUUCUGUUCUGGGGCUUUUAAUACUACAAAGCAUUUCACUUCUUACAGUACAUGUAGCAGUUAGUGAUGCUGUGCAUAUAGUCAUAGAAUAUUUGUUGCCUUUUAGAUGGAGGAUGACUUAGCUGACCUUAUGAAAGAAAUAGGCUAUUCGUGUUGUUCAAGGUAUAUAUUUUUUUGUCUCAUUAUCAUCAAACUGUAAUGUUAUGAUUGGUGUUGUUUAGGUUUGUUUGAUUUGUGUUUUUCCUUUUGUCAGAUAUUAUGGUGAUGCAUUUCAGAGACAAAGGAAUAUGAAAACUAAACUGCCAGUAGUUUCAGUUGUGAAACAAAAGAAAAAGAUUUAAGGCAGCAAUGCAAUAAUCGGAUAAUGAUUGCUAUCAAAUUACUGUCAUAACAUGGAAAUGAGUUUGUUUUUUAAUAUUAAGGUAAAUGCCAUAACGAAGAAUGAACGUCAACCUCAGGCAGUCAUUAUUCUUCUGUUUAUGGUCUUCAUUAUCAUUAGUGGUUUAAAAGAAACACAGUUCCUCACAACUCUUCUUUCCAAGUGCAAAAGCAGGGCUCCAAAUUGCCACUGAUACGGUUGCCAAUGCAACUAACAUUUUCUCCGUGGCAACUAAAAAUUUUGGUUUAGUCACCACUGUAGCAACCAGAUUUCUCUAUGAUUUAGAUUUAAAGUUAAAACAAACAUUUCAUUUUAUCUUGCUUUGCUUUUGUCAUAAAAAAUGAGCCAAAUCCCACAAACAAAGCCAGUUUAGAGGAAGAUUAAGGACUGCAGUACCAGCCUUGGGUCUCUAUUUUAAUCAUAGAGGUACCCAUUGAUCCUUUCACUCCCAGACCAAGUAAUGGUGAGAGUAUACAAUGUAUGCAUCACCCUCAACAUUAAAAUCUGUAGGUGAAACCCUGUGUUGUUACCAUUCAAAUGAAAUCUCUUGGGCAGAACUUCUGUGUAGUACUUACUAUAAUUAUCAUAAAAUUUUACAAAAAUUUUUUUUUUCUGUGACCUUUUCUUUGGCGACUAUUUGACCCAAAAAGUUUGAGAGAGAGUUUUGUGAACACUGUAUAUAACAGGGGUAUGUUCAGGCCUGGUGAUAGAAAUUUCUUGUCUUGUUCCAGUGUCGAUGAAUGUAAAGAUACUUUGAUCCAGUUUGGUGUUCAAGAUAUCACCCCAGCUGCUGUGGCCAGGGUUGUUGGUAAGGAAAUUCAUUUGCAUUUAACCUUUUAAGCUCCAAUAUUUACAUACAAAUUCUCCAAACUGAUCUCUAUACAUUUUCUUAAAGAAUGUGUUGAGAGAAUUUGAUAAAAGAUCAAGGUAUUUUUUCUUGGUGGUCAUUUUAUUAAUAGGCCAUUUUGCACUAAGAAGUCACGUGACAUUGUUUUUAUGAAAAUGAAAGUGAUAUGAUUUUGCCUUCGAAAAAACGAGUAGUGGGUCAUAUCUUAAACAAAAUAAUGGUGAUUUGGUUUUUCAAACCUGCACCAUUUUCUUAAAAUGAGUAAGUUCGUAGUUGGUCACGUGACCAAAAUGGGAUUUUUAAAAUUAUGAAUUACCUCUUUCUGAACACAAAAUUUUCACUUAAACUUCAAGGAAAAUAUUGAAAAGAUGAUGUGGUAACAUUUACAGCACAUAUGAGCGUCACUAUCAAACGUUUAACAAGAUAUAAGCAAAAGAUAGUUUUGGCCGCCAUGUUGGAGGGCAAGAGUAUGCCCUCCAACAUGGCGGCCAAUACAAAUCAUACUACUUUGUUGAAAGAUCAAAGUGCCAUAAAAUAUCUCCCUUGCAUGCAUUUCCUCUCAAAUUACGGGUGUAAGAUAAUUUUUAUGUGCUCUGUCACGUUUUGGCAUCAGCAAGAUUCCAGCUCAUUGUUUAAAGGGAGCAUUGGUCACGUGACCUCUUAGUGCAAGUGGCCUAUUCUGGCAACUUUUUCUCUUGAUCAUGUAUGGAUAUCAUUUGGAGAAACUUGGUGUUGGUCACCAUUAUAGGGACUUAAAGGGUUAAUGGUUUAACAUUUAUUUUGUACAUGUAGGUGUCAAAUCAAUAACUACUAAUGUUGUUUUACUUUGUCUUUCUGUUAGGAAUGAUGGUUAAGACUGUUUAUGGACUCCCUGAACAUGUCACCAUACAGGUAGGAUGAUGUUAUUAUUACAGCAGGUCUUUGUGGGAUGGACUCCUUUGAAACCAGGGUUGCUAUUCAUAGGAAGAUGAAGGCUUAUUUAGAUCGAAUAAAAAGGACUGAAAAAUAGCAGGGACAGUGUUCAUCCUUGGAUGUGUUUUCGUGCAAUUCUAAGCUAAGAGUUUCUUUUGGUCAUAUCUUUCUUUCUUUUCAUAUGAAAUUAACCGGGCGUAAUGCUAAAGGAAGCCAGGGAAGCCAGCCCUUGAUGGGAACCCUGGGAAAAAAGGGUCUCUGGCAUUAUGCAUAGCUGGAAAUCAAACUCAAAGAAAGCUCAGUGUUUAAGUAUUAUUUUAUGCUUCUUUGUUAUGCUGCCUGCCUCACUUCUAUCAUCUAUCUGCAAACAAAAAAUUGAAAUAACUCACCUUUUCACUUUUUCAUUUCAUUUCAUGAUUAAUUUUUAUGUCAUUAUUUUCCAGAAUUACGGUAGCAGUUCAGUUUCUUUGGACAAACUGGGUCUCAGUGAACUGACUCCUGGCCCUGCUUCAUGGAAUGUUGAAGUGUUUGUCCAGGCUCUCAAAGAAAUGGUAUGCAAUUGACUAUUUCAACAUAUUAAAGGGGGCAGAGGGUUUAGAUGAGUUCAUAGGGUGCUAAAUUGACCAGACCUGGCACUGCAUAAUCAUGUGGUGAGUGCCAGCAUUCUGUGCCAUCCUUGUUAUUUAUUAGGAACUUCAAGGGACCAUGUCACAGCUGUCUAGCUCAUUCUGUGAAUAAUGCCAGUUACGCAUCCUCAUUUGCUAUGGAAAUAGGCCUUUUGCGUUAGUUGAUCAUGUGAUCAACCGUUAGUUGAUCAUGUGAUCAACUUUCGGUAAACACAAAAACAGUUCACUUUUGAAAAAUGUUGUUAGCAUGAGCUGAAAGAGCGUAUUGAAAUAAGGUGGCUUGUAAAUUUUUGGCCAUGUAUCUCAAAAGUAGCGAUUGUAAUGGCCACCAGAAAUUAGAAGGAUUUGUAUUAGAAAAACAACUCUUGCCACCCAGUCAUGCUUGGGUGGUUUUCCAUCCAACCCCUUGUAAAUUCUGAAAUUUUUAAAACAUUUGGAGUAAGAACUGUUUAGUCAUGAUACUAAUAUAAUGUUGAUGCUGUGUAUUUUAUUGUAAAGAUUCCAUUGCUAAGUUGGCGUCAGGUGAUCCAGGAACUAGACUACCCUGAAUUCAACGUUCCAAGCCGUGAAGGUCUGCAGCUACUGUUUACUGCUUGCCACAGAGGGUUGAUGGAGAUAUUCCCAGUAGAUGUCUUGUAUAGAUCAUGGACCAACACAGAGGGACAGGUAAUAUUUUGCCUUUUGUUUAUUACUUUUUCAACUGUUCCUGUAAUAGAAUUCAUAAUUUUGCUUAAAUCUCCACUACCCUUCUUCAGCUAUCCACCAAAAAUUUCUGGAAAUUCUUUUCCAUCAGUCAAAUCUUAUUUAAUUUUGGCUGUAGCAAGAUUCUACAGAAUCUACAAUAACAUUCAUUGAAUUUAACAUUCAAUUAUUGCAGAAUGAGAACUUUUAGUUUAGAACUCUUUUGUGUCUCUAUUGUAUAUUGAUUCUUGUAUGUUUGCAGUGUAUCAUGGAAAAAGCUUUGUUGCUGUCUUUUUUUCUUGGAGGUUUCCAUCAAUUGCUUAUUUGAUAGCUGGGAGUCUGGAAAAAGAAAUAGUUUUGGAAAAAGACUGGAAAUUGUCUUUAAUUUUGCAUCCAGUGAUUGUAGGAUCCCUGAUAUUAAAAGUAUCACUUUCCAUCAAAUAUGAGUCAAAGAUGUUUGUUCUUUAUUCCAGCUGUCCUGGAUCCAGCAGAUCUUAUCCAAUCCUGGUAUUUUCUGUUUUGCUGAUUAUCCUUGUCACACAGUAGUGAUAGAUCUGCUCAAAACUGUACCAGAAGAUGAUAAUCGAGAAAUAUCUACAUGGUAACUAUUAAACAUGUCUGUUUAUGGCUAUUUUGUAGGCACAAUCUCAAGGCCUGGUUUCCAGGGCUGUCAAUAAGAUUUCAAGUUGUUGGUUUCAAAAUAUGUUGAGUCUCUCUUAACGGACACCUAGAGUUGGUCCCUGUCUUUCUUUACUCCCUCUGUUUGACUCUCUGUAAAGAAGACAUCUUUGUAAGACAUACACUUUGCAGUGAUUUUGUUACAAAUAGUUAUGGUGAGUCCUAGGACUCAUCUUGUGAAAAAUCGUGAGUCCCUCUCCAUAACCAAUGAGUCCCAGUUCAAAUAUACAACGUGUCCUAAAUUAAAAAUGCUUUAUGUAACCAGACAGCUCAUCUGGAGACAGACGCCAAAACUUUUCAUUACAGUUUACUGAAAUUAAAAUAUAGUCCUUCAUGUAUUAAAAGCACAAAAAGGACUAAAAUAAAUAUGCAUUCUGAAACAACAGCCACAGAAAUUACCAAACAGGAUAUUCAACCAAAAAAUCUUCAAAUCGAUUGAUCGUUCUUUGCAUCCUAUGGGACUCAUUUCAAACAACUAAACAUCACAAAACAACGAAGUUUACUUCAAAAAUAAGCAUCCCAAACAGAAAGUGAUCUAAAAAUUAGCAUACAGCAUAAGGAUCAAACAUUAACAAUAGCAGCAUGAAAAAGUGUUUUGAUAAUGAUAUCCAUGCAAGUACAUUAAUUUUAUGCUACUGCUGGUUAGGGUUCUUUUGUUUUCUGUGAUAUUGAUCUUGGUUUGUAUCAGUUUGCUCUGCUCAGGUUCUCCAUGAAAUGAUUUUAAUAUUAUCAAUUCCAUUGUAGGAAAUCCCUGAACUUGUCCGAAACAUUGUUGCGUUUGGCCGAAGCAGGUCACUACGAGACAGUGAAAUCCUUGUUCAGUUUUCCAAUGAAGCAUUGUCCAGAUGUUUUGCUACUUGCUUUGCUGCAGAUUAAUGUAUGUAGCAUGUGUUAUUAGGUAGUUUAAGAUUUUACAAUGGCGAUGGCAGCAAGAAUGUCAUUUGUAAAUGGAUUUGCCCUAAUUGUCACUUUAUUGUGAUUAUUGCAACUUACAUAAUUCGUCAACUGCUGGUGAAUUCUCUGGGUGAUGAGUUUGUAAUGACCUCGUUCAAUUGGAAAGAGAAAGAAAAAGUCACUAUUUGUGUUUACCUCCUGCACAAUACAUCAAAUUAGGGAAUUUCACAUCGUAGUCAUGCAGUGAAGACAAAGAAAUGUACGAAAAAGUGUAACACAUGUGCAGAGUGUUUGUUUUUCCAAAUAAAACUUAUUUCUUUUUUGACGUUCCUCUUGCCGUUGCCGUCAUGACAUCUUAAACUACCUGUUACGUCUGUAUGCCUACACAUGUCCUGGAAGAAGUUAAUGGAGAAAACAUUAGAAAUCUGGGUGGCUUCUGGGUCCUCACUGGAUUGUCUCUAUUCAAAACAUCAGCAUACAGUUAUUUGGGUUUUUUACCUUGUGUAACCGUAAUAAUAAUUAUAUUGUCCUUUUUUUCAUCGUUAACAAGGAUCAGAAUGACUUCUUAUUCCUCCCAGCUCCUAUUCUCUCUCAAUUUUGAAAUUAUUUUGCCUCCAAAAAGUGUGCUACAAUCAUGUAUAUGUAUUAGUGAUCUUUAAGAAAUCUUCUUUUAUACUUCUGUUAACAUAGACAAAGAUCAGGAUAUGAUUCACCCCUCUUUAAUGAGAAAGUAUUGUUGCCUUAAAAAUAGUAACCUAUGCCUGAGUGUAGAGUGAUCUUAAAAUUACAAAUGCUGCUAUUGCAGACCGGGCAAACACCAUGACAGCCCACUUUGGAAAGAAGUUGUUCUAUACCUCCAGUAUUUUCUUGAUUUAUAUAUGAUUAUAUCUGGUAACACACUUUAUUAUCUGGCUACAAUAGUAUGCGCACUCUGAUUGGCUGCUAAGCGGGCAUUAUUUUCUUUUAAUGACUGGGCAUUACUAGCUAGGUGUUCAAGGCAUAUACAAUCUGUGUUUAACUUGAUAGUGGACAUCCUUAUGGACUUCCAUGUUGAUUGGUCAAUUGACAGCUGUCAAAAAGGGUGUCCACUGACCAGUGUUACAUGCUGUAUUGGGGGCUCAAGUGUACAACUCAUUGAGGUGACGUGUUUUUUUAAGCUAUCCACUGACCAGUUAUUGGUUUUAAUUGAUCGCAGGCUCAGGUACAUAAAGAAAAGGCCAUAUGAUAAAUAAUUUAUUUACCUCGUCCAUUCAGUCAUUACAGGCAAAUCUCAGACCUCGGCCUUGAUGUAUUGACCUCAAUAUCCCUUGGUCAAUACAUCAAGGCCUCGGCCUGAGAUUUCCCUUUCAUGACCUCUCUCUUGGUUAGUAAGUGGUAUAAUUAUAAUGAUGUGCUUUAUUGCAGCCUCUCUGGCAUUCCCUGCGCAAUGAGUUAGUAUCACAGCUUAUCCCUGUGUUUCUCGCUAACCAUCCUAACUCAGGCAGUGUACUGCAUUAUGUAUGGCAUGGACAGGUCAGUAUGUUAUUCUGUACAUGUUAAACCUUACCAACCAAGCUGCCGGUUUUAUUGGUGACUUCUUUCACUUUUUUCACCAACUUUGUGUAUUUAUUGGUUUGACAAUCCCUUUAACAAAUUAAAAGCUUUUGAAGUACUAGUUUUUCAGUUUUUGCUCUAGGAAUUUUAUGCACCUUUUUGUUUUAGUUUCCUGCACAGUUUUGUUUUCCUUUUGCAAAUGUGUCACUUUGUUUGUUGCUGUUUUUUUUUUCCAAUAUUACUAUUGUUUUGUGUUUCAUUGUGAAAAGGUACAAAUAUUGCAUAAUUUUGAAUCAGUUUCAAGGAUAUAAAAUAUUGAUAUGUUUUUUCGACAACCAGAAUGACAUUUAAGAAUGUACCCAUUUUGAUCUUUGAAGUCUGUGGUUCUCAGUUUUCAAUGAAUUAAGUGGGGGUCAUCAUUUUUAUAUAUUUUUGUAUUUCAUCAGGCUGCAAUGCCCCACCCCUUUCCCUGAUCACAGUAGUACAGAUUAUUAGACCUCGUUACAAAACUGAAAAGUGUUCAGUGAUCUAAUUUGAUUAUUUAUUGAGAUGGAGACCAGCCUUAUGAUAGGAGUGAAGGCUUUCUCACCAUUACUGCAAUUGCCUGGCAUUUGUUGCCAUCAAACGAUCACUGCAAUUGCUGAACAAAAUCUUAGCGAUCACAUUGAAAUUAAAUUUUUUGCAAUUAUCACCUGAUAUUGUAUUUCCUUGUUGUAUGAGGUAAAAAAAUCAUCUCAGUAACUGUUGUAUUUUCACUUCACACAGGGUCAGUCAGCAUCAAUUCGUCAGCUGGUGAUGCAGGCGAUGGCUGAGUGGUAUGUUAAAGGUGACAUGGACCAGGGACGCCUAUCAAGAAUAUUGGAUGUAGCUCAAGACCUCAAGGUAACAAUCAGCAAUAUGUAGGAGCUUACCAUUGUUUUUGCUCACUUAACUGUGCAAAUUGUAAAUUAAUUUUCUUGAAAACUUUUGCAAAUAAUUUUUGCAAGAUAGUGUCUUCAUUUUUUCACUUUACUGAAGAACAAAGCCUCUUGUUUCAGUGCUUCAGAAAUUUUAUAAGCAGCCACACACUGAUACCACAGUAACUCCCUCAGUACAAUAGUAGAAAAUGCUCUUUCAAUGACACCAUUGUUGUCUAUCAACAGUUUGAACUUGUCUUUCAAUCUCAAAGGCCAAAGAUCAGCCUUUAAAUGGCUGAGUCAUUUUAUUUAACUUGUCUUUCUUGUUUUUUGUGUAGGCAUUAUCAAUGCUGUUGAAUGGUUCUCCAUUUGUGUUUGUCAUUGAUCUUGCUGCCCUGGCGUCACGCCGAGAAUAUCUUAAACUGGACAAAUGGUUAAGAGACAAGCUUAAAGAACACCAGGUAACCUCCUUCUUACACAACUUUGUGAUUAACGCAAAGGUGAACUUGAGCAAUACUGUAAUGUGGUUACUACAGGUCAGGGAGAAAAAAAUAUUCUUCAAGGUCAGGAAAAAGUCAGGGAAUUUCACUUUAUGUCAGGGAAAAUUUGAAUGAAGUCAGUGAAAAGGCAAAUUUUAAGAGUACAUAAUUGUUUUUUCUUUUCCCUCUACUUUUAGUGUUUUCUAAGAUUUAAAAUUCUUUUGGACAUUUUGCAGACAUGAAUCAUGUUGUAUUGGCAGAAUAUUGUGUGUGAAAUUGAACAACAAGCUGAUGUUAGGUUUUGAAGAAAUUCAAUCCUUUUUGCAAGUUUUGAACCAACGCCAAUUUUCUCCUGUCAAUAUAAAUACCUAAUUUAAAAGAAAAGUUUAUGAGCAUAAAUAAAAAUAAUGAUGACCUAAGGGAAAAUGCGUUGAUCUUUGAAAAAAUUCUCUCAACUUAUUCUGUAAGGAAAUGUAAGGGGAUCAGUUAAGACAAUUUGUUUGUGGAUAUUGGAGCUUAAAUUGUUGAGGAACUAUCAAAUCAUGUACACUGCACAUGACUUGAUGAGAAAAUGAAUAAAUGGGUAGAGAAGAUGGCUUUGAGGGGAAGGGUUGAGUUUAUUAUCGCAACUAAUUUGUGAAAUGGGAAAUGUUACCUUUGUCAGGAAAAUGUUGGGCAAUUUCAGAAACCUUUGGCUGUGGCAGCUAUUAUUAAAGUAUAAUCAUUUUCAUUUUCAGGAGGAGUUUGCCCAAGCUUGUGUCUCAUUCCUUAGGCGGCGCUGCCCCCAUCUGCUUGGUGUGUCCUUGGAUAAAGAAUUACCAAAGAGUGUUCAGCUACCACAGGAGACAGUUGUUACUGUGUUGUCUUGUCUUCAGUCUUUCUUGGGGUGAGGAUAAAUAGGACUCUUUUAUACAGUUGAAUAUCUCCUUAUUGUGGACAGUUUAUCUGCUCCCAAAGAUAGCAUAACACUUCACAAUUCUAUUGUAGCUCUUUAAUAGGGACACAUGUAAUUUAAACACUUUGGUCUGUCCCUAUGGUGUCAAUAUUGGGGUAUUACUGUAUGCUUAUGGUACAGCCAGUAAUGUGCUCUUAAAUGGUUGGCAUUUAAAAUAGUGACAAAAAGGAGCUCAAAAUUUUAGGGAAUGAAUCCUUGCCAUGCAAGCCUUUGAGAACCUACAUGUGCUGUUGUUGGGUGUUGGAGUUGUGUUGGGUUUGUUUGUUUCAAAGAACUCAGAGAAUUAAUUGAGAAACAUUGAUGACUUUGGAAGAAAGACAAAACAAGACUAACACCAUACAAUGGAAAUAUCUAAUGAAAACUAGAACACAACAAGAGCAUAGUGGAAUGACAUAGCAAGCAGAAAAAUGAAAAGAAGACAAGAACCCCUAUGAACAAACUUACAUACAAAGAAAACUGUCAAGAAAAAAAAAGAAAGAACCUUGUACCUUUUAGCUGCAAGCUAGAGAUACAAGGAGGUUGCUUUUUGCAUGUGUAUGUGUAAUAAGCAAAUUUUCAGACUUCCCUAGCUAAUGGCUAUUCUUUAAGAAACUGGAAAAUGAAAAUUCCUGUCUCAUUUGCCAGGUCAGGUAGAGUUCUUCUUCUCCCUUGAACUCUGACAAAGGGGAAAUUUGAAAAAAACAAUGAUGUCCCUUAUUGGACAGCAUUACAUGUAUGAGUGAAGCAAUGCAAAAUCAAAAUUUUUUUUUCUGACAAUGCAGCCAAGCAUCUCCUGAGUUGGCUGAAAUCAUCACCCAAAUGAUAACAAAUCAUGGUCCUUUGGUGAAAGCUCGUCCUAGUGCUGCUGUGGUAGGGAUUCCAUUCAAGAGACAAGGAAGUUUGGAUGGAGGACAGCUACCAUCAAGUCUUUCUUCCCAGGUUGUAAACAUUUAUUUUAGUAGAACUACGUGUACCUAACCUUUGUUUUUCCUUUGAGAUUUAAAGUUGAGUUUCAGAGUUUUUUUAGGUGAAAAUUAGACUUCUGGGCUUUUGACACUUUAAGGGGCUGUCAUAGAAGAUGAGUUGAUUUUUUUUUAAUUUUGCCAAUUAUUGUUACAGCACUUUUCAAAAAUUAAUGUAAGUGACGCUGUUCCUUCUUUUGUAUUUGCUCUAUUAAUUUAUUGCUCCUUUCAUGUUAUAAGUUGGUAUUGUUGUUCUUGUUCAGUGUAGUUGAGGGAUUGGCCAUUUUUUAUGACAUAUUUUAGCUCCUUUAACCCUUAAAGAUCAACCAGCCCGAGAGAAAACUACAUGUGUAACAAGCAGGAGCCCAACUCAGUUCUUGCUGAGAUAUCUUGUCAUAAAGAACAGGUUGUAUGGUUGAAUUCUGAGAGUAGAAUAUUGGUGGUAGGUUAUAGGGUAGAUUAUUGCAUAUAUUAUAUCUUUUUAAUAGAAUUGAUGUUCUUUCUUUUAGCUUGAUCCACUUACCGGGCUCAGCAUGCCUUCAUCAUCCCUCCCAACAACCCCAGCCACGCCUACCUCACAGCUGCCCUCAUUCCCACCACACCCCCUAACUGGCAAUGUACUAGGAUCCUCAGGCAGUCUUGGAGCUGUUGGCAGUAUAGGUUCAGGUCUAUCUUCACAGGCCAUACAGAAGCCGCUGUCACAACUCGGGCAACUCCCCCUUAGUACCCCAGCCUCGUCAAGUUCAGGUCUUCAUUCGCCAAGUUUCAGCUCAUCGCAGAACCCCUUGUUACAGCAACUUCACCAGGCAGGCAGUUUAGGGCAGCCCAUGGGCGGAGCUGCAAUGGAUAAUGCUCGUUUGUUGGCUGGUCUUGGAAUCCAGAAGCAGCUGGGAGGCAGUUCUCUGUUGCAGCAACAGCAGCAGCAAAGUGCACUUUUGUCCCAGUCUAGGAACCAAGCUGAAAAGUUACGCACAGGUAAUUUUGACAGUCUUUGUAUUCAGUGAGAAAACUUUGGGUGCGUACCAAAAGUUGGAACUGGCCAGCAGGACAGGUCAUCUUGGAAACUUGCAUAUUGGUGUUUUCUUAAAAUUAGUAAGUUCUGACAGAUGGUAAGCAUUCUUGCCUAUGUUUCUGGAAUAACCCCUUCAACUGUCAGUGGCAGAUAUUAUCAUAAUGUCAGACUCAACAAGUUAAGUCUGUGCAACUCAGACACGAGAUGCACGAUCACAAUAAUAUUUGACUCUGGCUUUAAAGAUUAAGGGACAUUAUUUUGUAGCAAUAAUAAGGGGCUUAUUACUGAAAUGUUUCAUCCACUAAACUCAACACUACUACAGAUGCUUUUUAAAAUAUAGUUUUAUUACUGUAGGCACAGAAAUCUUAGCUUGUAGUCUAUAAUGCUACAUACAUGAUGACGUCCUUGAAUUGUGAUAAAGUGUUCUCUAUAAACUGAAAAAGCUGAGUUUCUUGUUCUGUUGUCGUCAGCAUCAACAGCUGAUGUAUCUCAAGUAUGGCCAGGGAUGGAUCAGUCAUUUACAAAGGAAGUUGAAGAUGAGGCUAAUUCGUACUUCCAAAGGAUUUACAAUCAUCCUCCAAAUCCUACAAUCAGCAUUGAUGAGGUGCUGGAAAUGCUCAAGAAGUUCAAAGAUUCACCUGUUAAAAAGGAAAGGGUAAGCACAAGAUUUCCUUGUCAUUUAAUAGAUACCUUUAGAUUCUAUGACGAGGAUGACUACAAGAACAAGAUUUUCUCAAUACCAGUAGUUUGCAUGUAUGAACCAGCCUUAUUUUGGACUGGAAAUCGUUAUAGCAGAUAGCAAGCUAUGAAAUUUAGUAGUUGUAUCAUUUUGCAAUCGGGAGAGAGCUCAACCUCCUUCAAUAAAAAUGACCGUGUUUACUUUUCUGGUGAAAAAAAGUGAAAUGAAACUAUCCAGGGCAUCCAUUUUUUCUGAGAAUACACGAAAAAACUUCAAAUCAAAUCUCAUCCUCAAAGUCUUCCUCAUUCUCCGAUCUCAAGGUCUCCAGUAGGCCAUUUUGGAUUAUUGUACAUUUCUGGGAAACUGCCCACCUACCCCUCCCCUAAGCCAACAUUUUGCCCCAAGUGAGAACUAAGUGUUAAUGUUGGCUUAGGGGAGGGGUAGGUGGGCAGUUUCCCAGAAACAUAUAGUUAUCCGCCAUUUCCGAGUUGCCUCAAGCUUCUGUUUCAAAGCGAGGCUAAGUGUGAAACCAUUGACUUCAAAAUGAUUUUUUAUUCCCAUGCAAAUAGAACUCAUUUUCACAACAAAGGUUUUACACUUAGCCUUGUUUUGAACGUGAGUUUUUGGAACUUGGACAUGGCCUAUUCCAAGAUAUGCACUAGGAAUGCUUCUAUAAGCGUAGUAAUAUUGUUAUGACAUGAGUCUUGGCCUCAGACUUUCUUUGGAAUUAAAUUUCAAGUCCUUUUAGUUGAUGGAUGGGUUGUUGUUAGAUGUUGGAGAAUGCAUUAUUAUUCUGGUGUUAUUUAUUGGGAACACCAAUCUACAAUUUUUAAAAGUAUACUCUUCUCCAUCUAAAUUGUAUUUAAUCUCUACAGUCAGUUUUCCUCAGAACAUUCUCCCUGAUAGCCUAUCUUAAGAAGAAUGUCCUGCCUGUCCACCAAUCAGUGUGUUCUCUAGAAAUACAAUAUUAGAGUGGGGACAUUCAGCUUUGUACUGUGAAACUCAGAAAGCAGAUGCCAGGUUGCAUUUUCACAAAAUCAUUUUUUUUAUUUCCAUUUUUCACAAUGUAAUAUUAAAUGUUAAUUGUCUAUUCCAUCCCAUGUAAUCUGAUUGACAUCAUUAUAUUUAGGCUUAUACUUUUCAUUGUUCUUUUACAGGACAUAUUUUUGUGCAUGCUUAGAAACCUGUUUGAAGAGUACAGGUUUUUUCCACAAUAUCCAGACAAAGAGCUUCACACAACUGCAUGCUUGUUUGGUGGAAUUAUUGAGCAAGGUUUAGUAACGUAAGUUGCAUAAUAUUAUGGUAAAAUGUUUUGAAUCCAGGGGUGCUUUGUCUGAUUUCUUUCUUUACUCUUGCUAAGGCUGUUUUGUGGACUCAAUUUUUGUUCAUGUUGAAAUGCUUCCAAAUGAAACUUAUGCCUACUACAGUCAUAGAUGCACCUAACAAUUCUGCACAGACAACUGCUUGCCAUGGCAGUUCAACCUUUUAGUAUUGUAUAUAAGCCGAGUCCUAAAAAAGGAUUACUACUACUAGAUUAGAAUCUAAGUGAAAAAAAUAGUGAAUUUCUGUACUUGAUUGAAAUUGAUCCCUAAGGCUGAAAAAUAUCACUGAGAAACUAUGGUAGCGACUCAGUACUGGAAAUGAUUGUUACCGUGAAAUGCUAGGGCUUGCAAGUGAACAAAACUUUUGGUGACAAAAAUUACAGCAAAAGUCAAUAAUUUGGCAAACUGAGCUCAGCAGUCAUGUGCCAAUUGUAAUAUGGUCUUUUUAAUAAAAGCUAAAGUGGGAUAGAAAUGUUUUACAUGAAAUAUUAUUUGGGCCACAAUUUGUCAAUUUACUCUGGUUGUCAGGGUUUAAAGCCCUGAGAUGCUUUGUGUUCCUACAAAUUUGAUUGCAAUAGGUAGGAAGCUACAGGUUCAUGCAUUUUCAUUUUUUCAAACCCUUCAUGUAAUUGAAGAAAGUGUCCUUUUCCUGUGCACCAAUCUUUCAUGUGUGGCCGCUUUGAAAAAAGUUGAGCUUAGAGCACUGCUCUGGCAGCUAAAGCUAUAGAAUUUGCCUCCACUCUCAGUGUUUUUGGUGCAAAGUGCCUCCUGAAGUCAUGAACUCCUGUCCUAAAUGAAACUCUGUGCCUUGAGAUAUGGCAUUUUUUUGCUCCUUGAGCCGAAACAUCUUGUAUUUUAUUUCAGUUAUAUGGCUCUUGGAAUUGCACUGCGUUAUGUGCUAGAGGCUUUGAGAAAACCGUUUGGCUCCAAGAUGUACAUGUUUGGAAUAGCUGCUUUGGAUCGUUUCAAGACAAGGUAAAUUCAUUCUACCGUAAGAGCUGUAACAAUGCAAGGGGGUAAUCAUUGAGGAAAAUAGCUGUUUUAUUCUCCAGUGGCUUAGUUUUUUUCAGAGUGAUGCAGGGGCAUUUGGAACUUCUUGUUCUUUUUGCUUUUAAUUGGCACUAAUCUCUGAAGAGACGAAUACUGUAUGCUUGCUGUGCAAACUUUAAACUGUUAGUGAAUGCGGGAUGCAUUUUCAUACUUGUUUCACUCAUUACUUUUUUAAUCUGCCAUGAGUAUGAUAACCUUGUUAGUGAUUUGCUAAGGAUUACCCUUUUUUGGAGUGUGGGAAUGCCCCAUACUACAUGUUAAAUAAUUAUAGUACUUUACAUCACAUGCUUCUAAAAGAACUGCUUUCUAGGGGAGUUUAUAGCAAUAUUGUCACACUAGUGAAAAAAAAUCUAAUCACAAGUUUCAUGUCCCAGAGACUUUUUGUCAUGAGACUGCAAUAUUUUGAUUUUGUUUCCUUUCAUAGGAUUCUAAUGGUUUUGUGAAUUUUUUGUCCAAAGGAAUUAAAGUUCUGCUGAACAUUUCUCCGGAGUCAAAAUAAUGAUUCCUGACAUGAAUAUUCUUAGGGCUCACAAAUAGAAAUUGAUUUUGGCAUUACACAUGUAAAUAUGACUGAGUUGGGUUUCACUUGCUGGUAAUUGCACUGUGGUUCAGCAUGGAGAGCAACAGUGAUGACAUAAAUAUUAUUAUUUAUUCUUUUGUAGGCUUAAAGACUAUCCUCACUACUGUCAGCAUCUUGCAUCAAUUCCACAUUUCAUGGAGUUUCCACCUUCCUUGAUAGAGUUCAUUGAAUAUGGACAACAGUCCAGGGAGCCGUUGUUAGCAGGAAGAAAUAUUCAGGUUAACAAGAUAAACAUAUUUUUAUUGAGUUUAUUCUACAACCAGAAAAUUCAUCGGUAAAGAUUGAACUAAAAGUCUCUAAUAAUAAUAAUAGAAAUGAUAAUGAUAAUAAUAAUAAUAAUAAUAAUAAUAAUAAUAAUAAUAAUGAUAAUGAUAAUAGUACAGCACUGCUUGGUACAGCUAAUAUCCUGCGAAAGGUGCUUUCUGACUGAGUUCAUUGACUUGAUAGAGAGAACAAGUUGUGACAAGAGCUUCAGUAGUAAUGUUUAUUGUGAGAAGUAAAGGAUAAUAAUCACAAUCAUAAUCACACUGCUACAGUAGGAGUACCCUUGCAGUGGAAUAGCAUUCCAUCCAGGGGUCAAUUCAAUAAAACGUUUACAAGCGUAAUUUACAAGGGUAGCUAUUGUUUUCAAACUCUAAAACAGUGGCUACACUUGUAAAUUGCACUUGUAAUUUAAGUUUUACUAACUUGACCCCAGGGGAGUAGUAAUACUUUUAGGUGUCAUGUACGAUCAAACCCGGGAUUAGCUUUGCCUGUGUGAGCACCAUUUGUUAGGAGUACAACUUUACCUAAAUUAUCUUUAUGAGGUUAGAUUACUGAAAUUCAUGAUCAUGUAUUGCUCUCUAACCAGGACCCGCUGACAUCACGGCUUCUCAACCGUGCAACACCCACACUGGCAAGUGUGGCUGGUACUUCAACCUUUACAAGCACACCAGCUAGUCGCUCCGUGUCGCUGGGUCCCACAAUCCCCUUGGGGCCAUCUGCUCCUCUGGCUUCCUCUAUUCCUCCAGCACCUACUGUAACUUCUAAUAGCACUGUUGUAUCUUCCGCUAAAACUACCACUGUUCCAGGUAGGUCGGGGCAAAGGGUAUUUUUGUUGCUUUUGGUUGUUGGCAAUCAUUUGCAGAUUAGUUGUCUCAGACAAGGAAUUGCAUUAUUAGUUUGGAUAAACUGUAGUGAACAGGUUGGAAUGGUUAUGAAGGCUGUCAGACCCCUUUUUUUAAUGUUUUUGUGGAUUUGAAGGUGUACAACAUUCAAUACUUCCCUAUCAUUUUGAUCUUACCAACCAAUAACCGCCGCCCGGUUAGCUCAGUUGGGAGAACACUGGUCUGCCGAGUGGGAGGUCGUGGGUUCAAACCUCAGCCAGACCAACAACCAGGGUUUUUUAAAAAAAAUAAACUGGUGAGAUCAUCCUGGCUCUGAUUUGAGACCUUGUCUCAGUUCAGAUGAUCGCGUCAUGUGGUGGUGACAUUAAGCCGUUGGCCUUGUCUCCUCCAUUCUUCUUUCAAGGGGACGUAAGAGAACCCAAACUACUGUUCGAAAGAAUAGGGGAAGUUUCGGCGCUGGUGUGAUCUACCUUUCACACACAUGCAUCAUUCAUAUCAUGGCCUUCUUCAGGCGAGUUAUAGUAAGCGCAUUAAUGGACUGAUAGCAGCUGCUACUGGCGCCCUUGUAUUGUGACGUCCGAGCUAUGUUACUAUAUAAUGAAAAGAGGGCACAUCUUGUUGUUCUCUAUCCACGACGCUACAUUAUCUUACAUUACUAUAAUAAAAUUGUUGCAUAAAUUUAUUCAGUCACAACUUGUGAACAAGAAACAAAGGAUUGUGCAACAUUAGGGAGCCUCCAACAUCUUUGAUGUUUGUAAACCUUAUGACAUGAUUUUUCUGGCUGGUCACCGUUCCAGUUCCUAACCCCACCCAGCAGGGUGUCUUUUGAGUGGCACAUCGAGUUUUGUAUGGGUUUGCGAGACACAACGCAUUAUCCAUUGGGCCACGCAACCACUGCUUAGACCGUAAGACGAAUUAAUUGUAUUUAACAUUUUUGUGCCCACAAAAUAAAUUAUUCAAGAUGGCGCAGAAAAUGCAGACGUACGACGAAAUGAGUACGACAAAAGGUCACCCUUGAGUACCACAGGAAUCCCAACUGAUUACCACAGGAAUCUCAAGAUUAUUUGUUGCGUUCUCCUAACAUCGAACGCAAUUAUUUUGCUUUGUUUUCAGAUGUGGCUGCUUCUCCUGUAAGGGGUAAAGAACCAUCCAUUGCCACUGCAAAUAACAUAGACACUCUGUUGGGUGCAACAGAAAGUAGUGAGAUAGUGCAGCCACCGGAAGCAGUCCAGGAUAAGGUCCACUUUAUAUUCAACAACAUUUCCCAGGCAACUCUACAUCAAAAGGUUAGUCUCAGCAACCUGUGAGGUACAGCAGAAGUCAUGGCCGGUUGAUUUUUUAUCUGAAUUGACAGGUGUGCAUUUCUAUCAGUUAGUUAGUUAUAAACUUCAGAGCUCAAAAGAAGUUUGGGACUGUUGCUGAUGGUGUAAACCGGCCAAAGAAAUUUUAGCUUGGUUAUGUCUCCUCUCUUACUGGUCAAACUGUUAGAAAUAAAGCGAUAAUAACUUGAACACACCUAACCUAACAUCAAAAAGAAAGUGACAAAAAAGACGCUUAUCAUCUUGAGACAUGAUUUCGAGGUGAAAAAGGCUCGCAAAGAAAUACCUGGGAAAAAUAAUAUCCUGCACUGAAAAAAAUAACGCUCAUGACAUAUAAUGCUGACAAAAAAUCUUACACCGUUAUAUGUCGGGGAAAAAAUUUCUACCUCCAUAGGUCCGGGAAAAAAAAAUCUUACCCACACUAAAUCACCCAUGCCCCUCUCCGUGUUUUUAUUGUAAGAGUUGAUUUUUAAAUGUUGCUGUUUUCUUCAAAGGCUGAAGAGCUGAAAAAUCUUAUUCAAAAUGAGCACAUACUGUGGAUAUCCCAGUACCUUGUGAUGAAGAGAGCUAGCAUUGAGCCUAACUUUCAUCAGCUUUACUUGGAGUUCAUGGAAUCACUAGAGUUGUCCAACUUUGCAAGAGAGGUGCUCAAGGAAACAUACAGAAAUAUAAAGGUAGGUAGCAAAGAAAAGUCUGAACAAAUCCCAUGUUUUGCUUCCGAGGAACUUGAACUUCCAUCUGUUUAUGAGUGUCUCCUGAGAUUAUGCGACAAUAUGUAAUCGCCAAUAAGAAAUCGUAACAUAAAUACCGUAAGCUGUCACUUAUAAGCCCUGGGCGUAUACAUCUUCGUUAGGGGUUUUAGAAGGGCUUAUUAAUGUAGGGGCUUAUAUCUUAGGGGGAUCAUAAUCAGAAUAGAAAAAGUGCUUUGAAACAAGCUAUAGUAGUGCUGAUCAAAACACAUACUUUUUCAUAUUCUGGUUUUUAAUUAAGGAUUCAAAUAUCACAAUCAAUGAAAUUCAUUUCAUGACAUGCUAGAGGUUGGCUUUAUAAUCGGAUGUAUAACCGGGAGGACUUACCAGCGGCAGUUUAUGGUCCUUAAUUAUCCUCUCCUGUAAUGCUAUGAUCUUUUAUCAAAUUCUCUCUACUAAUUCUUUGGAAAUAGAUGGAGAUCAGUGUGGAGAAUUUGGAUGUGGAUAUCGGGCCUAAAAGGGUUAAGGAAUCUCAGUGGCAGCUGUUUUUGUGACCUGUGACCUGUUUUUAUCAAUAAGUCUAUGCUGUCAUUCAUGUUUCUUGACUGACUUGAUAAUGUUCUUGUUCCAUAGGUGCUUCUUCAAUCUGACAAAGUUCCAGCAAACUUCUCUGAUCGAUCAUUGCUGAAGAACCUUGGACACUGGCUUGGACUUCAGACAUUAGCUCGGAAUAAGCCCAUUCUCAUGAAGGUACCAGUACUCACUAUUGCAUGGUUACUGUUAUUUACCCACUUCAUACAAAAGAAAUACAGUCAAUUGUAACACAUCCAAACUUACUGUUUCACUAGUAGCACAGCACACAAAUGAUGUCAGUGUCUAAUUGUAUUGUUUGUCUAGCAUUUGUCGUUUUGGUCAAAUUGACAAAUUUUAAGGAUGGACAUAAACUUGCACGGAUCUGUCUUUCGUCUACACGGGACCCGCAGAACCGUGCAAGCUUUUGAACGGCAGACAGUACUGUAAACUGAAAAAGAAUUUGCAUGGUUACGUGAAAAGGGGUUGCACAGGUAAAGCAUUCGUCUGUUCAAAAAUUUGUCUGGCCCUGUGUGAGCAGGGUCUGAGUUUCAGUUCUAUGAAUAGCAACUGUGUGCAGUGCUAUUAUUAUCGUGAAAUUAUCCAAACGUUGCUCUUUGUGGGUGCAGACCCUGACUUAAAGCUGUUUUGUCAAAGUGUAAUUGAUCCUUAGGAUAAAAGUAAAUGCAGUACUAGGAUCUUCGUUACUUCUGUUUGAAGGUUCGAAACGUCCAUUAUUGACUUUUCUUACACUGUGCUUUGUGUAACUUGUUAGAGACUGUUACUAAUACUAAUGCUAUGUACACUAUGAAAACACCUAAUGCGGACAAUAACUCUUGCCCUCCCCCAUUGCAAUAUAGCAUUCUUGUUGACAAAAAUUCUCAAUGAAUUCUCUUUCAAUUUUCAUUCUAUUGUAUUUUUAUCACACUAUAUUUUAUAAGUUUUUCAUUUUCUAGUCAUUUCAACCAUUGAAGACCGUAGUUCAGGUGGUCGAAAGCUUGUAUUUUUUUUAACAUUUUUAGCUAGAGAACGUUUUUUAAUACUUUGAUAAUAAUAAAAUGUCCAAUAAUAGAAUGCUCAUGAUUUCAACUUUGAUGUAAUAAGUAGUUGCUUUGCCAUUCUUCCUUAAUUUUUUGAUGGCAUUGUUUGUCUCUUGAAGGAUCUGGAUGUAAAGUCACUGAUAAUUGAAGCUUAUUUCAAAGGGCAACAGGUAUUGUGCAGUGCUAAAACUUAUAGAGAAGUUUUAAUUAGCAAUUAUUGAAUGAGGCUGAGUAUCAUCUGAAGAAUUAUGGAAAUCGAGGAGGGUGUAACACCCUCCGAGAUCUCCAUAAUUCUUCAUAUUAUACGAAAGCCGAAUUUAAUAAUUGUUUUAUUAUUCAUUCAAAGUACUUUCUAGUUUAAAAACAAGCUAAAACAUGCUUUCCUCUAUCGAUGUUAAGUUCAUCUUUAGUAGUGCAUGUUUAUCGCAAGUUUAGGAGAUAAACGGUUGUUCAGGUCUGCAAAUAUUCUUCAAAUAGCACAUGUCGUCUGUCGAGUUGUUGUCUUGCUGUUCUUGCUAUGUUUUUAGCCAAUAGUUCGCCUUUUUCUUCUUUUUGUGCUCGCUACCAAAACAACUCAACCUCGUCCCCAGGUCUUCUCGGUUAACGGUUCAAUAAUCUGGCAAUUUUGCUGCACGAUAGACGUAAUUUUUCACAUAUCGUAAACUUCUCCCAAAUUUGGUCGACAAUAGCUGGUUAUGAUGAAAUAUGCGUAGGAUUUUAGCCAAUCAAAAACGGCGAAAUAUUUUGAAUGAAUAAUAAUAUAUGGCCCAAGUGUCCUUUCAUUUCUUGUUAUUUCUUGCCUAUUAUCAAAAGGAGCCAGGUUCUCUUACCAUCCCCAAAGUACCAACAAUAAAUUAACGAACUAAAAACAACACCAUAAAUAGAUCAAAACAAAACAAAAAUGUGUUCAAGUUCUCUCCAAGCCACUUUGGAUUCUGAGCUUACCGGUAAAUAGUAUGCUGUACUAAAGUGAAAGCCAAUUUCUUACAAACACAUUUGUAACAAUCUUGUUCGCUGGAAUUUUAAGUAGCUAGGUUAUAGUUUCUGCAUUUGUGGAAAGUAUGGCUUAAAUUUUUCAAUGUUGUCUCUUGAACUCCAUGUGAAUUUCCUUCAUCCCAAAACAUCUUUGGUCCUUUAUACUUAAUUACGCAUGUAUUACUUGGUUUUUGUAUCUUAUUGAAUUGAUUUUUUUGAGACGUUUACUGCCAAAGGAAAUGACAGAUUCUUGUAAGGUGUUUCCAACUUUUGAGUCUUUGAAUUAAGUCCUGUGGUGUGACCAUUCAAAUGAAACCUCUUCAGUAGUACUUUCACAUGGUACUAUUUGUUUUCCAGAAUUUUACGAAAUGAAAUUUGGUAAUUUUGUUGAAUUAAUUUUUUACCUCAGCCACAAAUUAUAAUUGCAGAGCGCUCUUCUUUUCUUCUUGUUUCAGGAAAUGCUUUAUGUUGUGCCGUUUGUGGCUAAGAUAAUAGAGUCAUCAGCCAAGAGUAAGGUGUUUAAGCCGCCUAAUCCCUGGGUAAUGGCCAUCAUGGCUGUGUUGGUUGAACUUCAUCAAGUGCCUGACUUAAAGGUGAGUGACCGAACUUUCCUUUAAUGUUUUUCUGACUUAAUAAGAGGUAGCUUGGCCGAAGGGUCAGCAAAUCCGGCAGUCCUCGAUUUGAGACCCAUUUUGGCUUCUAGAUGGAUAGUUUCUUCAAUAAUGUUCAAAAGUCUCGGGACAAAUUUGCCUUUGUGGGGCUUUUUUUCAAAUCAAACGUGUCCGGCCCCUCCCCCAACCCCACAAACCACAUUGGAUGCUUGUGUGUCGUAUUUUUCCCUGUUUCAACGUUGAAAAUGGUAGGGGGAGGGGAAGAACUACAAGAUAUUUUCGAAAAAGUUGCACUCUUUUAUGAGUGCAUUCAGAAAUUACAGAAUAUUAUAAUUACUGCAUCACUGUCCUAAGGACUUUUGUCCAGGAUUGUUGGUUGUCCUGUGCCCAAUUCCGAAGUCAUGCUCCUUGCAUUGUCUGUUGUCAGUUAUUUCAAAUUACUUGAGUGGAGUGCCUGUAAAGUAGCCAGAACAGCUUUGUGCAUUUCUACUAUAAACAGAACAUUUUAUUUAAUCUAAAGUAAUCUAAAAGCAGUUUAAUUAGAUAACGGGUGAAUUUGGAGUUGUUUAUAUUUAGUCGUGUGCCAGUCUCCCUCUCAAGCCUACUUUCUUCUUUGUCUUUACUUCAAUCUGCAAAAGGGCAACUUCAUUUACCUUUAGAAAUAAUGUAGAAAUGAAGUGAAAUGUUAGGAGGUUAAAUUGUGUUAUACAAAACGACUGGCCAUUAUUAUACCUGAUUUUGUACAUUCUCUUUAACCUUUUUUUCAGUUGAAUCUUAAGUUUGAAGUGGAAGUACUUUGUAACACAUUAUCACUAGAGAUGAAGGUAAGUGUUGAUUUUGUUUGCUCCAUAAUUUCUGCAUUACUGCAUUAUUUCUGGAUUUUGAUUUGUGCGAUUUUUUUCCAGGAAAUCAAAGCAUCAGAACUCUUAAAGGACCCAGAACGUUUGAAACUCAUUCCUCAUCAGUUAUCAUCACCAGAGAAAGACAAACAACGUGAGUGAAAAUGAGUCUAGCUUCAAAAAAAAAUAACAAUAAUAAUAAACAAAAUCCUGCUUGCUCUGAUUGUAUGAUAAAUUUCCACCUUACGAUUAUCUAUCUUUGUCUCCUGGCAGCUGCCGUCAGCAACAGCUCCACCCCCACCCCCACAACAUCUGCACAGCAAGGUCAACCACCCGUGGCACCCCCACCCCCUCAGUAUUCAUACCAAGAAAUCAAUGUGGCUUCUUUGGCUGGACUGGCUCCUCAUAUUCAAGUUAAUUCACAGGUUUGUAUAAACAGUUGUCUUCAGUAACUUUUGAAGAUAAUCAAUCCUGUAGAAGUGAUAAGUGAUUCAUGUUAUAAAGCAACUAAGACGGCAUCCAGUCAAACUGUUGAGUUAACAGUGAUCUGCUUCAGAUUCUACUACCAGCUCAUAUUAUUCUGAUCUGAAAUUACCCUGUUUACUUUCUAGAAAAUCAAUCCCUUUGUAUAUUAAUAUCUAAAGCCUCACGGAAUUCUUUAUUUCAGAACAAAUUAUGGAUACUGAAUUUCUUGCAAACCCUUCGCCCAAAAUACGAACAACUUAGGGGAUUUGUCGUUCAAUGUGAAGUGUAGUCUCCUUCGCGGCCGUUCCUUCGGAGCUUUGCGUGCGUGCGUGCGUGCGUGCGUGCGUGCGAGACGAAUUACGGCUGCGUUGACUUGUUUCAGACAUAACUUCUAAAUCGUAUGGUUGGCGUGGACCUUCGUCGUGAUGUAGUUGAAACAGUUUUGAUGGAUCUAAUCAAGCAAGAAGUUAACAUAGUGAAAAGAGUUAGCCUGCUGGCGUGCUUCAAAAAGUGUAGGAAGGAGGGCCGAAAACCUAGAAACGAGUUGACCAGACACAUCGAAAUUAGCUUUAAAAGAAUAUUUGAUUCCAAAGCUUAAAAGAUCGUUUGUUGUUGUUGUAAACGUUGUACCAAGUAACGUUUCCAUCUCUUUACAGAUUCCGCUAUUCCAGCAGCAUCCUCAUCUAAAGCAGUUUGUGCGUCCAGCCAUUGAGCGAGCUGUACAGGAACUGGUCCAUCCAGUGGUGGAGAGGUCAAUUAAAAUAUGCCUUACAACUGCUGAGAUGAUUGUGAAAAAGGUGAGUGAUUUAGUAAUCCUCUCGUACAAGCCUGAAUUUUUUCAGGCUUUCUUUUUGCAACUGCAAAAGUUGCGUCUAUAACUGCGACCAUGUUCUUUAAUGUAAAUCUUCCCGCCGCCGUUCUCAUAUAUGAUUUUCAUAUAUUCAUAACCUCAUGAUCGUCCUUUCACGGGUUUAAUACGAACCAAUUCAACAACCUGCUCCCAGUUGGCUUGUUAGCUCAAUUGGUAGAGCGCUGCACCGGUAUCGCAGAGGUCAAGGGUUCGUCUCGGUUGCGUCUGUAACUGCGAUGAUCUUCUUUCAUAUAAUUCUUCACCCCGCAGUUCUCAUACAUGAUUUUCAUCUAUUCAUAACUUCAUCAUAGUAAUCAUCUCUGUUGAAUACUAGAGCAAUAGGGAGCUUAAGCAUUUUUGAGUGACACAUGUCAACGGGAAGUGAGGCUUUUUCCCUUUUAAUAUGCCUUGAUGCUACCAAAAUUGUAUUGUUAAGUAUCUUUACUCUUAAGCUUAUAGAGACGAUUUGCGAAAAAGAUUGGGCGAAGUCACUGCCCAAGAGCGGAAAAAGGCCACCUCCGUUCAACGUGCGUCGUUCAAAAUCGUUUUUUGCUUCGGCUCACUAAUAUUCAGUGGAUAUGAAAUCUAUGUCUUUAUAGUGCAAGCUUAAAGACUUCCACACCCCAAAUCUUCCCCAAGGUAGGUAACGGCCAGCUACUGGAAGAAAUGCAAAAAAUGGGGGUCUUCGUGCCUUCUUUUGAAGUAAAGCGCAUUGAAUAUCGUGGAGUUUUGAGCGACUAUGGAUAACGUAAAGGUGAAUUUCCACUGUCGCGUAGUUUUAAUUUUACGUGUGUAAAUAAAAUAGAGGCGAUGUAUGAAGGGCCUCGCGUACUUUUACGGUUACGCGCGAAUUUGCAUACGUUGCCUUUAUUUUAUUUACGUGCGUAAGAAUUAAAAUUACUGGACAGUGGAAUUUCACCUUAGGUUAUGAUAGAGCUGCAGAGAACUGUCGGUCAUUGGACUAUGCCCGUCUUAUUGUAAGACUAAAAUUUCCCCACGUAGCUGAAGAUUUGCAUAGCAAUUGCAGAUAUUAAAAGUCAACAUAAUGUAUGUCCGACAACUUUUCUCCCAAGUUGUCCGACUAAACCGGUGACCUGUUCGGGCACAUGUCCUUUCUAAAGAGAAAAGGUAUUUUAAAAAAAGUACAGUUAUGAGCAAAAGAAGGCGAAUCUAUUGAUUUUAAAGCAAAUAGGCCUACCUAGUAAUAUUUCUCAGCUCACAGUUGUGUCUUUUGUUUUCUUAUUCGUACAGGAUUUUGCACUGGACCCUGAAGAGUCCCGGAUGAGAGCUGCGGCCCAUCACAUGGUACGCUUCAUGACAGCAGGCAUGGCGCUUAUUACGUGUAGAGAACCGCUCUUGAUCAGCAUCAACAACAAUCUCAGAUCGAACUUCCUGGCAGCUCUCAGGGUAAGAAAAUAAUAACUUGUUUAAGAGCACAGAAGUCACUACCCAGAUCAGGGUAGUGCUUUUUAUUGGUUGAAGCAAAUUUCUUUUACACUAAUUCGUCAUUCCGCUGGGAAACAGAUGGUAACGCCCGAAAUGUCGGCUGUUUUCUCAGGCUGGAGAGGGACGAAUUUUAGUCAGGCGUUGGUCUUACAAAGAUGUACGUUAAGGGAGGUUAUGAAAAAGUGCGUCACGACCAGUGUGUUUGGUUAAUCAUGCGAUUCGUUGUGAGCUGGUUUCUUUGCUGGGGAGCGGGCAAUGAAGAAGCAACGCGAGCCGGUUUCUAAUCGCUCUCUAUCUGCUUGUAACUCGGCCUGGAUGUAACCUCAACGCGAGACCGAGCUGACAGGUUUCUUAAGUGGGCGAUGGAGUAGUUGUAUGAAUGAUUGACUGCUUAGGGGAAGGGCUUGACCGCGGCAGGAUUAGCUCAGCCGGUAGAGCGCUUGUCUGCAGAGCGCGAGGUCACGGGUUCGAUUCCCGGGAUCGGACCAAUACUCAGGGUCUUAAAAUGACUGAGAAAUGAGGGUGCUGUCAUUGCCAUGCAAACGGUUAGUCCUUCGCGUGGCUCGGAUGACCACGUAAAAUGGCAGUCCUGUCUCCAGUAGGAGACUUAAAAAAUAGUGUCCCCAAUUAGUACUUUCGUGCUAAAUACACUGACACUCAAAUAAAGUGCAUUUUUUGUUUUGCUAUUGAUUUGAUUAAUUGAGUGACUCAUUGAUUUAUCAUUAAUUUUAGGGUGCAAACCAGCAACAGAAAGACAUGAUUGAACAAGCUGCGUCAGUUAUCAGCGAGGAUAACACAGAGCUUGCUUGCGCGUUUAUUCAAAAGACUGCGGUGGAAAAGGCUCUGCCGGAGAUGGACAAACGGCUUACCACGGUAAAUUUUUUUUGUUAACUAGUUCUAAACGUGUUUGCUGUAGGUUUAAACUUUGAGUCGUGUCAACCCUUCUCUCCUCCAGCUAACUUUGUAUGAAAUUGAAAUGGCAUUGCCCGCUCACAGGUUAACCAAUUAUCAGAACUGGCUAGCCAGACAAGUCCAGUCGUCAGGCGAAUUCCACUAUUAUUCAGGACUAUCCAGCUACAAUGAGGAGCAAAAGUGUUGAAACAAUUCUAUAAAAUGACCCCUUUUUGAAUAGUGGACAAUCCUAUCCCCUCCCCCGGUGUACCAACACCCCCUCCCCUCAAAACUAAUGUUGUGUUUUAGACCCUCGAGUCUUUCUUUUACUAUAAACAACAUUGAUUAGGGGGUGGGGUAUUUACGGCGUUUAAAUAGAAUUAAAUAACAAAUGUGUGUAAUUGUUAAAAGCACCCGUGUUAGACAAGUGUGUCAACUACUUUUGUCUCUGAUUGUAGAUCAGUUUAUUUCUAAAUGGUAUGCAUGGGUGUGAUGUGUUUUGGUAAAAUUUUGAGUGAGAAAAGACUAAUAUUUCCUUAUCAAAGGAACCAUGUUUGGCCGGCCAGUUCUGACUAUUUCUUCCCAACAAGGGGUUUAAGUAAUAGAGUUGAUCGUUGUAAUUCCGAUUUCAGGAGUUUGAUGUUCGUCGUCAUGCCCGUAGUGAGGGUCGACGGUACUGCGAUCCAGUGGUGCUGACGUACCAAGCAGAGCGCAUGCCUGAACAGAUCAGGCUGAAGGUGAGUUCAGUGCGCUGACUUCAUGUGUGUCUGAAGAGUUUUGAGUGGACUCAAAGCUAGAAUGUGCAUGGGAAUUUGCCGCACCGUCUAGGGAAUUUUUGCUGUUACAGUAAAUUGAUCCUUGUUGACGUUUCAUUGUUCAAGUGUAUUCCAUCUUGAAGGAAUGUCCCAAACAGCGAGUGAAGCAACCGCAAGUGCUAGGGCUGAAGUCGGGUUGGCCGAACGACUCCGCAUUGACACUCGCGUCCAGGUCGCGAGGGCUAUCAACAAAUUUAUGCACCGAAGAAUUACUUGUGUGGGUGACAUAAUCCUUGGACGAACCGUGACACGAUAAAUGCUGUUGUUUAUUAUUUAUUUGUUUAUUUAUUGACAGGUUGGUGGUGUGAAUGCCAAUCAGACAGCUGUCUACGAAGAAUUUGCUCGCAGCAUCCCUGGCUUCCAGCCCCCACCCGCUGGAGAGGCAAUUACCACCCCACCCCUGCCAAAACCAAUCCAGUACGAGCACGGAAUUCUGGGUAAUGCUGAGGUAAGUUGUUUCCGUUUCUUUUGUCCAAUAGGAACCGUUUCUGGUAAAGUGAGGCACGUAAGCAUUCUAUCCACGGACUCGAAAGUUUGAACAACCUUGUACAGUCUAAAGAACAGUACCGAAAGAAAGUUUUGCUCAAUGGCUUUCAUUUCAGUGGUGAUACUACUGAAGCACUUCUUUCAGACUCGAAUGCCGAUGCAUGGAUAAAAAGGACUUCAGAGUCUCUGUACACUCAGACAUUAGGAAAAACACAUUGUAGGGAUUACUAAACGGGAUCACACAAGAACGCUUUUCUGUAGCUUUCAUCCUUAUGGUGCAUUGUCGCUUACAGAGCCGUUUUUGUCUCGUCACUCAAACGAGACAAAAGCAGCUGCACGGAAGACUACAUGGUGCAUUGACAUAAAACCUUAAGCCAAAUUACGGGUCCCCGGUUUGUAACGUCUGCGAAGUACCGCCGAUAUCCUUCUUCUGGGACUCCCAACGGACUCAACGAAUUACCGGAAAUGCGUUUUUCCCUCAAUCUGAUUGGCGAAUCGACAGUGGCAUUUUUAACAGGCCAAUCAUGGUGCUUAUCCAAACCCUGGUACACAGGUGGUGGCUCAGAACAAUGAUCUCGGCGCUGUUUCGCAGACGGACUUAACCAGAAGUUUAGUUCUGUCGGUGGCGCUGGCUAAGUGUUCCCGGGGUAACAGAGAGAUUAAGAUUCGCGUUUACGCCAAAGGUAGCCUGUUCCAGGCUCCGAGAUAGUCGGGCCCGCUGAAUUGAGAAAGCGCGAAGACGGAAGGAAACUGGGGAGAGGAGGGGCGGCUACGCCAAAUGGCAAACGUGAAUUUGUACCACGUGAUCAAGUUUCCCCCUUAACUGUCGUUUACUGUUUAUUACUUCUACUCAAAAAUAAGUCGUUUCACGCCAGUUUUAUCCAGAAGAAGUGUUCUAUACAGUUUUUAUCUGCUUAUUUUGUAUUCUGACAAAUUCUCAACUUGAAUCUGACGUUUGACAUUUGCCGUAAACGUGAUUCCUAAUCUCUCUAAUGAAAGAAACACAGAGCGACUUUCUCUGGGAGUAGUCCUCAGAUAAAUUAUUAAGUAUUCAAAUUUUUCUUUCUCUUCAAACCAAGGCCUUCAUGCCAGAAGAGGUGGUUCAAAUCCUGAGCAAAUGUGCGGCGGAAAUCGAGCAGCAUCUCCAUGCCAUCAUGGCUCCACCGACCAAUCAGCAUGUAGUUACAAUACACAGUCUGCUGGAUGCAGUAGUGCAGGCUCGCAUAUCUAGGGACAACAUGGCUGCCCUCAGGCUUCUACAUAAGGUUGGAAUGACUGUGCUGUGACAAUUACAGUUUUCACCAAUCUAGAUCUUUUGAUGUGCGUUCCACUUUAGUCUUGUCCUGUAGUGAAUUUCUUAGCCGCUGGCUGUUAUCUUGGGAGAAGUUUUGUGAAUACCGGUAGACAAACGUGUUUACCUCGUGUUCAUGCUUAAAAGGGACCAGAUUUGCCAAUAUUCGGUUAUGGUAUUUUUCGCUUCUCGCCAGCUUUUUCGCUCGUCUGAACCGACCGAGAGCCUGGCACGGGCGAUUUCUAUUUCAGGGGAGUAAGAAGCACCCGUAAUUACAGAUAAGGCGGAGGGUAAUUUGCGCAUCACCUUAUCCGUGUGCUGAAAAUGGCUUAGCUUUAAGCCCCUUUCAUAAAUGUGGCCAUGUUAUUUGCCUUAGGCUGCUGAAGGACUACUUGAAGGUGUUGCUCCGCUUGCCGGCGAUGCAGAGCUGUCUCUCAGAUACCGCGACUGUCAUCUGAUAGUGCUAAGAGGGCUCCAGGACCCGCGGGGAUAUGGCCCCAUCUGGACUGCCAGACAUGUCACAAAGUAAGUGAUCAUCUUUAACAGUGAUCCACAUGCAAUUUCUCCCAACAAUAACACUGCCUGAUCGAACAGACAGGUCAUGUGAAUGAAUGAAAUGAUCACCAAAGAUGAAAUGUUGUGAUGUUAGAACAAAUUCUCUCAAGCAGUACCAUAAGGAAUGUAUGAAGAACAGUGUGGAGAAGAUGCAUGUUGAUGUUGGGGCUUAAAGGAUUAAUCGUACUGGAAGGCGUGAGGGUCUCGGAUUUGAUCACCGAAGAUGUUUUAUAAUUGCCUGUUUUCGGAGGAGAAAAGAUAUUUCUGAACAAAUCGGAAAGAAAGAAGAAGUUAAAGCGUGAUGAUCCAUCAUUUAGGGAGGGACCAUUUUAUUUUUGACGAGGUGUGAGUGUAGCAGCUUUCUUGGAGAAAUGCUGUUUCUUUGUAGCAAAAUAUCAAGCCUGUUCGAGGCUCCAGGAUAGUAGAGAGCUUUAGAUUCGAGGACGAGAACGACUACGACUAAGUGUUUUCGCGUAAUUUGCCAUUGCAAAAUGUUAAAACUUCUAACAUUUGAUAACUUGUCCCCGCCACUACGACGCUCUCGCUAAAACUCGUAGUGGACUGACGACGGCUACCACGUUUUCCCGCCAAAACGACGCUGGUUCACGAGCGAGCACUUCUUACUAUUGAGAAAAUCUCGUACUCGUAGUCCUACUCUUCUUAGAAUCUAAAGGACUCUAGUGGUGCGGAGAUCGUGACUGCCCUCUUACCCAGAUCGCGGGUCUUAGGGCAUCUUCACAUUAGCCCGGUUGACCUGGCUGGCCCGGUUACCGGGAGCAAUUUUACCUUGGGUUCAUAUGAGAAAUUUCAGCACGGUUUCCGAGAUGAGAAUAGGCCGAAGACGAGUUGUGUCGCAAAAUUCGAGAAACAAAGCAAACGUGGCGAAACACAAAGUUAUAACUUCCGCGCCUAUCAUAGCUUUGGCAACUCUUAUAGCCGUAUCACUUUUGUCAAAUGGGAUGCUUAUGAUGUGGAAAAUACAGCAGGCAAAGCAAGACGAUGCAGAAUUCAUCCCGCGUUCAUCCCGGUAACCGGGCUGAAGUGUUUUUUAUGGAAAAAUUUUCCACCCCUCUUACCGAGACCUCGGCAACCGAGUCAGCCGGCCCUCUCAUAUGAACGCAUCGAAACUCUUAUAAAGAAUUCAGAGGUAAGGCGGGAUCUGGGAAACCGGGGCUCAUAUGAAGAGGCCCUUUUUCUCCUUGGUUUGUUUUCGCGACCUGCCAACUAUCAAAGAGCCUGAGAUUGGCUACAAAAUAUCUGUAAAACUUUCUUGCAGCACAUCGUUUGCUUUAUUUAACCCUGCGCGGUAUUUCUUCGCUUAAAACAUUGUUCUUUUGCAGUGCUUUUUUGCAACAGAAGAUGAGGAGUAGGAUGUUUCUGUAUAGUGAAUGCAAUUCUAAAUAAAAGAGAGCAAAGAAAAUUUCCGAUCUUUCUUUGAGCGACAGCCCGAAUUGCCUUUUUUACAAAAAUACAAGUUGAACUCUGCUUCCUGUUGGUUGGAUCACUUUAUCGUUUUUAAGAUCAUUUUAUGUUUUUGUUUCUUACUCUUUGAUUUCUCAACUUUUUAUCUCUGCUACUUUGUGUCCAGGUUUGUGUGCGAUUGUCCCCCUGAGCUGAAGUUUAAUGUGGACGCCAUUGAUAUUCUGAUCAGAAGUCAUUUGCUGAACAUGAGAGAGUUCGAUCUUCACCUUGUGCAGGUACCGCAAAUGAAACCGAGAGUAACAACUUCAUUUUAACCGUUCUGUUACCGUUAGCAAUGGCUUGGUCAACUUUGUCUUUUGCCAUAAACCUGUUGCUUAACCUUAAUUACUUAACGAUUUACUGUAAAACGCAUCUGUUUGAUUGGUGAUCUUUUUUUCUAUUCAGUGUAUAGACAACGGCCACAAUCUUCAGGCGCUACACUUUGCCAUUCAACUUGCCAAGUAUGUGACGGACGAAAAACACAGUCCACAUGUCACGGAGGUAAGAUUUGUAGUGCUGUGAAAGAGUUAGCUUGUGUGCAAACUCUCUAUUUCGAUUCUUCUCGAGCCGCGCAAGAAUGCUGGUUUACUCGCGAGUGACUUUUGUCAUGUCCCUUAGAUAAAAAACUUGCUCGUCGACAACAAAGAUUUAUUACAGAGUUUGUGGAAUAACUAUUAAAGCUACAGGAGAGAAGAUGCUGAAUUCUUGCAGGCGCUUCAGAGUUUUUUCUAAGAAGUGAUGUCACCAGCCCACCCUAUUUCCAUGGAUACUUAAGUCAUUAGUGCCAUCCUAAGUCACUUUUUUUCAAACAAACCCAGAAGUCAGUGACGGCGCCACAAGCUUUAAGCUUUCAAUUUCUGGCGUUUUAAGUUAAAGGUCGUCUCAUGCACUUGUGGGAGAUUGGAACCAUCUAAAAUGAAUCAUUGCGUUCGGACCCAAAAUGGGAGUAAGCUUAUCCCUACAGUACGUGAAAACUGAAUAGAUCAGUCUGUAUUGUUAUUUUGUAACGUGAAUAAUUUCUUUUUCUUUAGAACGAUCUCUAUCACACUAUUGAAGCUCUGACAAGAAUAGCUCACAGCAGACAGAGUUCUGAAGGGUGCGUGAGGGUUUUUUUUUUACGAUAUUUACAGCAGUCGAGUACUUCUUAUUUUUAAACAGGACUUGACGCUUAUGUGUUGGAUAGAAUCCUACCUUUAUCCCUUAUUUUUAAUAAAUUUGAUGGUUUCUUCCAAGCUGCUUCUGAUAUUGAAUUGACUUUUGAUAAAAUUGCACCACAACAUAUACAUUCCAAAGUUUGGCGUAUUCUUUCCCCGUUAAAUUUGGAGCUUAACCUCUCAUGAACGAAAUAUUUAAUUUGGUUCUGGCUUCAAGUCUCUCUGUGGUGUGACCUCACAGAAGAGAAAAAACUUCUUUUUCAAUACGAACACUUUGUUCCUUUCUGUUCUUCCUUUUGCUAGUUUUCAACGAAUCCAAAAUUUGCUGUGAUUUUUUCGGACCUUGAUUUUGGGCGCUGGUAAGAUGUUAAGGGAAUACAGGCUAAUAAUCGUUUUAUUGCAAUCUACCAAUCUGUAGGUUGUCUUCAUUACUGGAGGCUGCCCACAAUGGACCGCUGCCAUCUCAGACUGCUGGCGCGCACCAUGAGAUAGGUGACAACAAGGCGCCUGGAGGACCCACAUCUCUAACAUCCGGUGUGUCAUCCGGUGUCUCUAGUACGUUCCAUGCUUAUGAGGAUCCACCUGGUCUGCACGAAAAGGUACUAUGCAUGUAAGAUCUUGUCCCUGUUGUUCAAAAGUUGGAUGGCGCUUUCCAGCGGAUAAAUCACUAUCCAGUGGAUAAGUGGCGGGGAAACCAAUUGCGUUGUCUAGUAGAUAGUAAUUUUUCCAGCAGCUAAAUCCAUCUUAUCCACCUUUUGAACAACUGAGGCCUGCAAGUAAACUGCAAAGUGUUCUGUUUGAACAGGUGCUCGCGCCAAAACGUUGCCUUGAGCAGAAUUGCGUACCUGUAAUAAGCAGUCACUCUUGGGAAAUCAUAAACUGACCUCCUCAUACACAUCGACCGCUUAUCUUAUUUUUACAUGUGAAGUAAUACCGUGUUUCAGUAAAGCUCAUGUUUGUAUGUAUGUUUCGGGCAAAGUCAUUAAAGGGUAAUACCCCUCCCCCAAACAGGCCGAGGUAAAGAUGACUGCAACUGUUAAAUAGAGGUCCAUUUAACAGUAAUUACAGGGAACUAUCCGCGGUACUUUUACCUUGACAAGUGACUCCUUAAUACACCUCGUAGUGUUUGAUUUUAAUUUUUCCUUUUCAUUCUACGUGUUUUCGUUUAGGUUGAGUUCUUAUUAAGAGAAUGGGUGCGCCUCUGUCAUCAGCCCGGUGCUGGAAAGGAGAGUGAGAAAGCCUUCUCCACAUUUGUUGCACUGGUGAGAAUCUUUUUCUUUGUGUAUAUUGAGCAUGGGAGGGGUGAUGCAGCCUUGGUCUAAUGUGGUGUUUUUUUGUACGUUUUAGCUACAUACACAGGGUAUCUUACGUACAGACGAUCUGAUUACAAGGUUUUUCCGCAUCAGUACGGAGCUGUGCGUGGAUGUCACCUAUAGGGCCUUGGGAGAUCAUGUGAGUUUAUUGAUCUUUUUAAGGAUAAAUCAUUUCGCUUUGAUGUCGCUUUUUCAUUUUGUAUUCUUUAAUCUUCACCAAGGAACAUGAUCUAGAUAUCUUAGGGUUGAUAUCCACAGUGGAAAGCUUUUACUUUUGGACAGAAACUGAGUUUCUUAAUGCCUUAAGUCAAAGUACGCCGAGGGUAGCGUUAUAGGCAUUGCUUUGUUAAUGCAGUUUUGACCCUUUUAAGAGACUGUCUCUUGAUGCAAUAGAGAGUCCAGGUUUAGAGAGGUGUCUUCUUAUCUGGAGUCAGUUGUUUCGAAGGCCGAUUAGCGCUAACCCGAGGUUCAAUUUCAAUCCGGGUUUCUUUCGUUCAAAAGUAUUUUCAUAGAUAAUUUUCUCUUUCCUCUUUAGAGCAUCCAGUCAUCGAAUUGUUGACAAAAGGAAUGAAAAUGAAUCUUCUUUAUUAUACAAAUUUCGUGCAAAAGCUGGAUUAUCUUCACUCGACUUUGAACAAUCCGACCCCGAGUUUUAUUGCAGACGAUGAGACAAAAUUAUUUCAGACCCAGUUAGCCACUAUUGCCCGCCUUGAAGAGGUCACAGGUAACUGGCUCAUCAUUUUGUCCAGUUGCAUUGUGGGAAGGUUUUGGGUUCGCCAUCGCCUCUUUUUUAUAGGUUACGAGUUUGCACCGGAAACUGAGUCAUUGUUGUGUGGAGUUGCAUUUUGGGAAGGUUUUGAGUGCGCCAUCGCUUCUUUCAUUGGCUGUUACCAGGUUGCGUAGGAAACUGGGUCAAAGUUCUCCCCCGAAACAGUCCCCCUAAACCAAUUCGACACAACAUGGACCCAGUCCCACGCGCCACCCGCCAAAAUGGCCGAUAGUCACCUCUUAUUGUUUUACCUUACUACGUUCUCACUGACUCCCAACAAUUUCUCCUCAGCCUACCAGCCCCACCAUGGCGCGUGCAAAGUGUUACAACACCCUGGAUGCCUACUGCAGGUUAAUAGCUUUGCUGGUGCGUCACUCUGGAGAUGCGUCCAAUAAUGUGACCAAAAUCAAUCUGCUUAGCAGGGUAAGCUGUAGGCAAAUCCCCUGAACACGGACGCCAAUUUACAGACGAGACGGAAACUGGGCCGAGUUAACUUUUGCAAAGACUUCUGGGACUUUUACAACGGACAGCCAAAAGCUGACCGGCGCAUCCCCAGUAACGAUUCCAGAAUCAAUUGCGUGACGCAUUUCGGUUCGAAUUCCCUUCUCGUUUGUAAAGUGGCGAAUGGAUGCCCUUAAAUAUUCAAAGUGUACCUAUAUCAAUGUAGUAGAACUUAUUUAUAUAUUCAGGCAGAGGUGAAAAAUGAACUUGGCCUAUCGCCGGGACUAGCAACUGUUAACAUCGUUAUGGCUAUAUUCGGUCGGUCCAAACUUAAAAGGAAAGUCGUCAUUUUUCUUAUCUGAGAAACUCCGUUAUUACUAGUAGGUCUGCGUGGAAUUUGUCGUCAAAUUCUCUUUCAUCAAGAUCUGUUUGAAAGGUUGGGGAAAUCUGUCAUUACCGUUUGUGAAAGGAGCCAAAACGGCUACCCGACGCAUUUAAACUAAGUACGUGAGAGGAGUACUCGGUAUGUGCCGAAAAGGGAAACAUUUCUUGUUAAAAAUGGUAUAUAAAAGAGUAAGGGGUUGGACAUCUGAAGCCUCCCUUUUUAAAGUUUGUUGGGUACCCCCCGGGGUGGUGGGGCGGGGGCUUGAAUUCAAGGUGUUUUCGAGCCUCUGGGUAGCGAAACAACCAGAACGAGCAACAGUAUUAAGAAGCGUGUUUUCCACAACAGGUGCUCGGUACAGUAGCAACAGUGCUGUUCCAGGAUCAUGAAAUUCGUCACACCGAGUUCCAACAGUUACCCUAUCACCGGAUAUUCAUCAUGCUGCUCGUAGAACUCAAUCAGCCUGAACCCAUUUUGGAGGCCAUUAACUUCCAAGUGCUGCAGACAUUUAGGUGCGUAUCAUAUUUGAUCCUCUGUGCUGUAAUUUUGUGACGAUUUCAGAAGAAAGUCACGACUGAUUCCACCCUUUGCGUUGCAUUUCGUAGAAGAUAUGUUCGGGACGACAGGUGGAUACUACGUGUUUGUACCGAGUGCAUGGGGGAUAUACAGGGAUACUGAUAUGUCCUUUUCGUGGUCUUAUGCUUGAUAUUGUUUAAAAACAAGAGUUUGCUGUACAUUAAAUGCUCAGCGCUUCGCGACUUUUGUACCUUGGGUUGCAGAGUUUUCUUUUUCAUGCGUGUGCGGGGAAGCUUUGUUGUUGGCCGACACAUCUUCGGUCAAAGGUUGAAGCCAUGAGCGGCGCAUGAAAAGUCUCUAGCACCCAGGGCACGAAAAGAAAUUAUAGAAAAUAGAAAGUUAUCUUUUAACCUUUAAGCAUUCUCUCUUCGAUCAUUACAGGUUAAAUGAUUGUUUGUUUUUAAUACCUGCCAUCUGAACAGCUAAAUAUUUGAUUUCUCCAUAGCACUGUGUUCCAUGCCCUCAGGCCGUCCCGGGCACCAGGGUUCGCGUAUGCCUGGCUCGAGUUGAUAUCACAUCGUCUACUCAUGUCCAAGCUUCUUCUUAACACACCCCAGCAGAAGGUAUGGUAUUCUGAUACUGAAAUUCAUUGUUACGUUUAAAAGAGCAGGGAAAGCGAAUCCUUGGCGGAGGCUUUCGCUCCUAAACAAACAUUACAAUAAUUACUGAUGACCUAACGCUGUAGCACUAGCAUUGGAGGGGAUACACAAUCCUGUUGAGGUAUUAAACCAGACUGCUCGUUAUAAACAUUACAGUAAAACAUAUUAUUUAUCCCCCCCCCACUCCCACCACCUACCCGCGUGCGACAAGGUGGUGGACCACACCCCUUGGGAAUACUGGUACUUCUCCGAUUUUGUGUAGGCGGUUGGCUUUUUGUUACUGUGGCUCAUAUAAGAAGGUAUGAAAUGUUCUUUGUUACUAUCUUUCCUGUAGCUUAGUCCAUGUUCACUCCUCUUUUAUUGCCAUUUCGUUGCUGGAUAAGACCGGAGUUAACAAGGUGCAUUAUGUGCAAGGUGAAAAUGGUUAAUUCCGUUACAAAGAGUGACUGUUUUCGACCCUUGAAUACCUCUCAUGUCAAGAAACCGAAACAGAAAUGCCCAAACAUAACUGGAGACCAAAACAAAUGCUUUUAACGUUGGAAGCUGAAGUUAUGCGAAACUGAUUAGACAACGUCAUGUAUUAAUAUAUAUUUUUUCCUUUUUGCAGGGAUGGGUGCUAUUUCAGCAGCUGUUGAUUGACCUCUUCAAGUUUUUGGCGCCAUUCUUAAGGAAUGCCGAACUAGCGAAACAAACACAUCUGCUUUAUAAGGUAACCAGGAAUAACAUUUUAUGAGGCCAUUCAAUUUCUGAUUUUGCCUCCCACCCGUCUUUUGAGUCGCAUGUAACCCAACUCUCCAGUCGACUCAACCCAAAUAGGCCCGCAUAUGAUGUCAAUUUUUUCCUUUGUUAUCACGAAGUGGAAGGCACAAAGAAGAAUCUUAACCACCACGGACGAUGUCUGAAUUGAGAGAAAAAGCAAGUACUGAUUUUGACCAUUUUUCAGGGCACACUGCGGGUACUGCUUGUUUUACUCCACGACUUCCCAGAAUUCCUUUGUGAUUACCACUUCAGUUUUUGUGACGUCAUCCCUCCAAACUGCAUUCAAAUGAGGAAUCUGAUCCUGAGCGCCUUUCCGCGCAACAUGCGGCUUCCAGACCCCUUCACGCCUAACUUGAAGGUAUGGCUGCUAAGUUUAUAGAGCGUUUUCACUUGACGUCACGGUGACGUCUAUUUCCCUUUUGUAAACGGUUGAUGCCAACAUUGGUAACCAAGCCUUUAAGGUGAUGUUUCACAAGACGAUUCGCAGCGACGAUUUCUAGCGCAACACAGCGUUGCAACAUUGUUGCGACAUUGUUUCGAAUGAUUGCAACAUUGUUCCAACAUUGCAGCGUUGUGUUGUGCUAAAAAUCGUUGUUGCGAAUCGUCCGGUGUAACAUCACGUUUAGUCAUGAUAGAUGUAAUAUAUUCCCUGGAUUAAGUUACAUUAAGGCAAAUAAUACGUUUUUGAAUGGUCUUAGAAAGAAAGACGUUGAAGCCCAAGUUGAAUUUUCGUUAAACGUUUUAGAAAGGGCUAGGGUAACCUGUUAUUGAUGUAACAGUUAAGAAAGACAGUUUCUUAGUGUAUGUACCCAAAUUCUUCGGAAUUUUGGCGUGUCGAUGAAGUAUUUUAGUGGUAAGGGAGAGAGAUUAGGAUACGAAAGAUCCGGAUACGAGGUCCGGCUUUGACCCUAAGUUGCGUUCCUAGUUAUGUUCCAUACAUUUUAUUGUAAUUUUGGCUGGGCUGAAGAAAAUCGUUCGGUACACCGAGGACUUUGUUUAUUUAGAAGUUCGUUAAGUCGAGGUUCUAUUGUAGAAGGGCUACAAGGAUGGCUCGUAUAUAUUAAGAUGAGUUUGAAAAAUUCAGCCACUCGACCAACUUGAAAUUUUUGAGCCAACUUUUUCAAGAUGAUCACUGAUGAUCGUCAGAAUCCGAGCAUGCGUAGCACGUGAUGUAGCGCCUUUAAGCGCUCUGCCGACUGAGCUAGUCCUAACGUGGUUAAUCCUUGCCAUUUCUCUGUAAGAAAAAAAACGAAAGGAAAAACAGACAAAUGCCAUAUUUCAUGUUUACUCAACACUAUUCAAGGAUUUUACAAAGGUUAAGCAAGCUUUGAAUUUCAUUGUAUUCUGCUCUUGCAGGUUGAUUUGUUGACCGACAUCGCUCAUUCACCCCGCAUCUUAACUAACUUUGCCUCUGCCAUCCAGCCAGCCAGCUUCAAGAAGGUAAAGUCACUUCAGUGGCGCUUUUAUUGUCAGACGCUGUGACUAGAAAAAAAUCCCAUUUUCUGUGUUAACAACAUCAAUGAACUUCCCCGCUUAUUUGACUUGCAUUUACAAUUUGUAACACUUAAAUGCAUUGUUCAAGAGCUUUUCUUUCUUACAAUUUAAAAUUUCAUCCAUGGGCUCUAAAAGUUAGCUCUACCUUCUACACCAUGACAAACAGUAGCACAGACAAGUACUGUUCUCUAGCUAAUAUUUAAAUGAUCGUUCUUUAGAUUUUGCCUGCCAAAUAGAAAUUUCAAAAGUUAUCCCUGUGAUACACUUACAUUAACAGAGUUUAAAAAGUUCGACAUGAAGUGAUCUGAUGCGUUAUUUUGUUUUAGGAUCUAGACUCUUAUCUGAAGACUCGAGCACCAGUGACAUUCCUCACCGAGCUUAGGACGCAUUUGCAGGUUAAUUAUAAAUCAAUUACUUCAUUUGUUUAUAUACAGUGAAAUUUAUACCAUUUUGUGAUUCAGGGGCGCAGCUAUCAGUACGCAAGGUACGCACGUGCGAACCUCUGUGCGUUCCUGAAAAAAAAAGUGAAAAAAUAUACAGCUGUUUCUAGGAAGGUUGUCGGAUAAAGUGUACGCGACAAUUCCGAAAGGUUCACUGUUUUUCAAAGAAAUUUGAACGAAUGGCAAGGGAGGCGAUGGAGAUAUGUCUGUGAGUGCUAAAGGAGAGCAGCAAAAGUAGGCUCGACAGCUACAGUGUCAGGAACAUUGUAUUGAACAUAUCCCAUAUAACCUCUCGAGAUUGUCGCGUGCACAUUUUUUCCGACAACCUUUCUCAAAAUAAUGAUAACCUUACGCACCUUGUAAAACAAAACAAAUAAAAUCAAAAAGCGAAUAAUAAAAACUAAUAACGUUAGGUUUUGUGUGAUUUGGUGGUCUUGUUGGUCGUUUUCCUAUCCCUUGGACCAUCAGUGAAAACAAACACAGUCCGUCCAUGAUGAGCUCCAAUGAGCUCUUCAGAGCUCAAAGUGAAUAUAUGCACCUAGGGAUUGAUUGAUUUGUUUAUCGUGGUUUCUCUUUUGACUCGUUGAUCACAACAGUUAUGCAAACCCAAAGAAAGCGACAAUUACUUGUGACAUCUUCUACAAGUAUUAACAUUAUUGACAAUUUACUGACAGGUAUCAAAUGAACCGGGCACGCAUUACAAUGUACCUUUGAUGAACGCACUUGUCCUGUAUGUUGGAACCCAGGCCAUCACCUACAUACACAGUAAAAGCGGUACCCCCUCCAUGUCCACCAUCACUCAUUCGUCGCACAUGGACAUCUUCCAGAAUUUAGCCGUGGAUCUUGAUACAGAAGGUAUAAAUAAAAGCUAACGGCUUUAAUAAUUAUGAUUUGUUGCACGGCAAGAGCGGCGAGGGAGUUCGUAAAGCUCAAGUUGUCAGGUGGAAGAUUAAGUGUUUACCGUAAAAUGCCACUUCUUAGCCCCUAAGGCUACCUGUAAACAAACAAAAAAUACAUCCGAUUAUAAGGGGAUUGAUCGUGACGUCAUUGUUUACAUUUUUGCUCAUUAGCAUAUGAGUUAACCCAUAGAAGAUGUAGCCGUAUGUAGCAAUAAGGUUCAAAAAUUAAAAGUGCUGGUUGAUUUAUGCAGUUCGUGCAAUCAGAAACAAAGAAAAUAACAGCAACUAAAAACCGCAAAAUUACUGGGUGGCAAAACGUUAAUGAGCUCAUACAUUCUUUGUAAAUUUUGGGGUUUUUCAAAGAGAAUUUCUCCGAAACUAUUUGGUCCAUCGGGCUCAAAUUUUCAGAGAUAACUGAAAUUGUUAUGCUCUUUCAAAUUCAGAAAUUUCAUUAUAUUAGCUUCAUCAGAUAAUGAUAAGUCUAUGCUAAUGAGGCAACAGAUGUAAACAAGGAUUCACCUAUAAGCGUGAGAAAUGCUAGCGGCCACCAAUGCAAGGUGAAAAUGAGCGGCAGUGAAAAAAAAGUGAACGAGAACACGUACGACAUUUCCUCCAAAAAUCGUGUAACUAAGAUAUGUUUCUGGAAGCUUCACGUUGUAGUCGUGCAAAACAACGGCAAAGAAAUGUACAAAAAAAGUGUGCUGCACGUGCAAAGUUGCUUUUUGCUAAUGAGACCUAUUGUUGUUUUUGCACCGUUCUCGUUACCUUCGCCGCUUAGCAUUACACGAUUUUAUAUUUUGUUUAAACAAACUUUAAAUAUUAUCGUGAGCUUCGCUUUUAGCCCUGGCGAAAUCUAUAUAAUAUUGAAAACGAUAUCGGUGGAAAUGAUCAUUUUUACUUUUUUUGGAUGCAGCGGUGACCAUAGAUGUCCUCACAGAAAGCAAUAAUGACGUUAAUUUUGUCGAAACUCAAACCGUACAUUUUGCAUGACUAUUAAAUCAUCGUUUCGUUUUCAGAGAAUAAACAAGGUGGACCGCGAUUUCAAGCAUUGGCAAAUUUUAUCUUUAGUUUGCCCUCUAAAAUACCACGUGACAUAGCUUUUAUCCCAUGAAUCCUAAAGCGCGUGCAAAGAUGGCGGGUAUCGUGAAUAAGGUCUAUUCUGGGUAACAUAGUCCUAAAUUAUUUGCAAAUUGAAUAAACUGUUGUUGUUGUUGUUAAGCCCAGGGCUUGUAAGCGGCAGUUUACAAUAUUGGCACUCGUUCUCCUUGCAGGCCGAUACUUAUUCUUGAACGCCAUCGCAAACCAGUUGCGUUACCCCAACAGCCAUACACAUUACUUCAGCUGUGUUCUGCUUUAUCUUUUCGCUGAAGCUAACACAGAGGCAAUUCAAGAACAAAUCACGAGGUAUGGAAUUCAGUUUUAGUUACUUGCCGCCCUAUAUUUUGUUUUGCUUUUAUUUGAUGGACGCGCGAACUGGAAGCGCGUGCCAAAGCGGAGCGCGCGAGGAUCGAGCGCGCCAACUCUCUUCAGUCACCCAUUCAUGCUUCGCGCACGCACUGGGUUUGCUCGCUAUUAGGCACGUUCCUUCCCGGUAUUAUAACCUGUUUUCCUUUGGUUUGUGCAUUCACCGAAUUACCGCCUCUUCCCAUUGUGGACACAGUUGUAGUUUGCGAUUUGAGCUCAAAGCUGGAAAUACACAAAAACUCCUUGUCUCGCUUUGGUGUAAAACUUUGGAAUGAGAUGCCUUGUCAUAUUAGAGAUCUUCCUAAAAAGAAAUUUAGGAAAGUACUUCACAGAUUGCUUUCGGAUAUCUUAAAAAGAGAAGAUGACUAUAUUAAGACGCCCUUAAUAGUUGAAAAAGUUCGAUUAAUAGUUUAGUUAUUUCUGUAUUAAAGCAUUUGUUUGUUUGCUUGUUCAGAUUUAAUGUAAUUAAAAUAAAACUGUGAUAGAAUAUUAUUUAUUGUAACUUAAAAUUGUAGUUUUCCUUCCUUUUCCUUUCAAUUUAUUUUUCUUUUAACUGGUCCGCCUAGAUUAGCAAUUGCUAUUUUGCGGGCCAGUCUAUUGUAACCAAUAGUCUUAUGAAAUAAAGUUGAAGUUUGAAGUUUGAAGUUUGACUGCAUAGCGGACAUCGUAUCAGUCUCUGUCGCGUUUAUUAACUGUGUAUAUUUUCAUUUCUUUUGUCAGAGUGUUACUGGAGCGGUUGAUAGUAAACAGACCCCACCCAUGGGGCCUGCUUAUCACCUUUAUCGAACUCAUCAAGAAUCAUCAGUAUAAGUUUUGGACUCACGAGUUUGUCCACUGCGCCCCGGAAAUUGAAAAGUAAGUAUUUCUCUCAGUAAAUUGGUUCUAUCCCUGAUCAUUCAGUUCUGAGAGCGCUUAAAGCCUUACUUUUCACUGGCCACUGAGACUAAAUAAAGAGCCCGAAAUGCUUCAUGUGAAAGAUAUAGGUUCCUAUGUAAAGAUCUUCCUCGACUUUAGUGAUUCCCGACCAAGAAGCGGUGUCACAAAAUUUAUAGAAAUUCGAUUAGUGGGAACGGCCACCAAAUUGAGGGAAAUGUAUAAGAUGGACAAACUUGAAGAAGAUUAAAGCAGAUUGCAAAUUCGAUUUUUAAAAACUUGUUAGCCUAAACGCUUUUCAAUUUGUUGUUUGUAAAGUAUCAUUUAAUGCUUGGGAGACACAUCUGUUUGACACUAAGCUUACUCGCUUACAUGGUUUUCCUAGUACCCAUCCUGUGUAAAGUAUUAAUUGUCCACCGUUUGAAUUAUCCUGGGUGCCGGAUACUUUUCAUGCGCGGUUUCCGGUUUUGGUCCAGUUUUUAUGGUGACCUGCGCUUCACCGUUUCGGCCUUUGGCCGAUUCAUGGCAGGGUACCUUUGAACAACUGGGUCCUGAUUUCAUGCAUCUUCUUUGCCUUUCUCGCGCUUGUAUUUAAACAAUUUGCACCAGAAAGAAGGCGCGCAAGUAAUAGUGACUUUUGCUUUUGUCUGUAGGUUGUUCGAGUCAGUUGCUCGCAGCUGUAUGCAGCAGAAACAGGCCCCUUCUAGAGAUUCCGCUGAAAACUAAGGACACAGGAAGUUGUAAAAAUCGUACAGCGUCGAACGCCUGUCAGACACAAAGCGUCAGUCAGUUUGCCCUAGAAUAACUUUGUGAAAUAUUUUGCUCAAUUUGUAUUUUUUGUAUCCUGUAGUGCUCAAUAAAAAAAUCCUUAACAUGGGAAUUUCCAUUAGACUGUUAUUUCUUGUCUAAGCAUAGCCUCCGUUAUUUACUUUUUAACCUGGGUACAAUCUGGAAAGGGGAC